AUGAAGAGGGAGUACUUUGAACCUUAUAAGGGCAACGAAAUGACUGUCGUUUUUCAUGCUGUACUUUCUCCCCAUUUUAAAUUUGAGCCAAAUCUUGGAGACAAAAUUUACAUGAGGUUUGGAGGAGCAAUAUUUGGAGAUUUUCAGGACAAUGUUGUGGAGGUGAUCCAUCAGCGGUAAGCUACGAUUUAAAGAUAAUAGAGAGCUUUAGAUCUGAGGACGAGAACGAGUUCGAGUAAAAGAUUCAACUUAAAGUUUUUGCGCGUGUUCUAAAAAGAACACCUCGGAAAGCUUCAUUUCACUUGUCUUUUUUUGCCAAAAAAGGUUAGUACGGUUUUUUAUACUAAUGCAUCACUCAAUUCCAGCUGUGCCUAGCCCCGCCCCCGGGCGACCGCGGGGCAUUUUCCCGCCUUGUCAGUCCCAGGGAUGGGGCAUUAGCAAAUUUUGCCCUUCCCGGGGCUCGGGCAUCUGCCAACUCCGGUGCCGCCCCCGAGCUUUUGACACGCACAUGGUUUCCUAUCAGAAUAUAAGUACAAAGAGGAUUUUUAUUAUUAUUAUUAUUAUUUUUUUAUAAUCACACUUGGCAUUCACUUACAAUACAGCUACACGGUACUUACUUACAACAAGACUACAAAAUUUACUUACGUUACAGCUUUACUACUUACUUGUUUGUUACUUACUUACAUUAAAAUACCUAAAACUAGUUUACAACAAACAAAAGGACUACUAAAGACAAUAAAUAAAUGAAAAGAAAAGAAAAGAAAGAAAGAAAAAAGGCGACUCCUCUGCCUAAAACGGUUUUUAGCAAUAACUACUUGAGAUAACAUUGACAACAAUUGCUAUAAUAUUAAUAAUAAAUCAUAAAUAUGUAUAAUUAGAUGAUUAAUAAGAUGAUUAAUAAACAGUGCGGAAAGAUAUGUGAAAUAGAUACUUUAAUUAAGAAAUAUUGGCGGUAUGUCUAGCUCUCAAUUGCACUUUGGCCUUGGUUCAUUUACAGAAAAUGGAUAAAUAGGAAAGCUUUUAUUUUACCAAAAGCUAUGUAAUGUUGAGAAGUGGACGUAAAGGAUUCCAUUUCUUAGAAGUUGCAUCAAUGUUGUUGGACUCUAUGUAAAACUGCGAUUUAAGGGACAUAAGAAAGGUUGUUAAAUUCGGAAUUUUCUGGUUGACCCUGCAGCUCCAUAUAUAAUAUCUUGCCAGGAGAAAGCAGAAAUUUAGUUGAAGUGAAAACUUGGAGGUGUCUGGUUUCAGGGCCAGAUAUACAGCAGUGUAUUUUGGAUAAUCUAUCGUUAUUAGAUUGAUCUGCUUUAGUUUUUCAGUCAAAUUUUCCCAAAAGGUGGCUACUAUUGUACAGUUCCAGAAGAGGUGGAUUAGGUUUUCGGGAUGGAUGGUACAGAAAGAGCAAUUCGGGUCCUGCUUUAUAUCGAUUUUUGUUAGGAAAAGGUUCGUUGGUAAAAUUCGGUGAAGGAAUCUAAAUUGAAAGUUUACAAGUUUUGUGCUUUUUGUGCACCUAGCUGCCAGACAAUAGGCGCUGGUCCAGUCAGCAGAGCAUCUUUGGUCGGAUUUAAUGCUGUCAUUCCAUUUCUCUUGGCUCUUAAACGGUACGGUGCUUUUGGAAGAGAGGAGCUUCUGGUAUACAACUCUGUUCACUUUAUCGUUCUUGAAAAAAGUCUUGGAGAAGUAGCCUGAAAUUCAUCCGAUUGCUUCGAGUCGUUUUCUCCUCUCAACAACGUCUGAAUCGACCAGCCGUUAAUGCUGUCCAGUGACGUCACUCACUACCCGAAAACCGGGUAGUGAUUUUGAUUGGUUGAUUGUCUAAACAUUAGCAUAAUUAUGUAUAAUUAUGAAAAAUUUUAGCGGUAUUGUCGCUUGAUGUUCAGCGGAUCACAUCCCUGGCAUUCUUUCGUUUAGAUCAAACAUUUCGAAAAGCUUAAUCUUUAUCUUAAACAGCAAAAUUGCCCCUGUCUUCGAAACUGAAAUGCUAAAUUGAACUGCGAAUGAAGAAUCAUUGCGGAGAGGCGGUAGGUUUUUUAUUUAGAGCCGCUUCGUGGUUUCGGCGGCUGGUGAUUUUGUUUACGCGAAGUUUUCUGUGAUCAAUGUUAUAAUUCAAACUUCUUGCUAUUUUUACCGUCAAGUGUAAUCAUUCUGUUAGCUUUUCUUUCUUGUCUCCUUGUUUUUUUCUUCGUUAAGGACCAAAUAGCUUCGUUUCAAUUAAAGAAAAUCAUUGUGUUUUUUAACUAAGUGUUCCGUGUGUGUGUUUAAUUCAUUGCGUGAUUGCGACCGAGUUUGAAUAUAGAAUUUAGUACAAUCGGUUCAGAGUUGUACUGCGUGCAGUUGAUAGUUUGAACGUUAAACAUGAAUUACGAUCGAAAAAAAUAAAGCAGUUCUGUAUCAUGCAGACAUUUCCAAACGAUAUUUCUCGGUUUGCCACUUGAAAAUAGUGUUUUACUUUUUGUAUGAAUUAAAGCAAAGGUCAAGGAGUAGUGACGUCACUGGACGGCAUUAACGGCUGGUCGAUUCAGACGUUACUGAGGGAGUAAUAACGACUCGAAGUAAUCGGAUGAAAUUCAGGCUAUCGGAGAAGGUCUCGGGGGAGGUAUUGGGAAUGUCUGUGCUACUAGGUUCUUUACUAAGAAAGUUAGUCUUAUAAUGGUGUCGAAGGGCAGAAAUUAAGCCGAAGUACUUUAUGGGUUGUAUUUGUAUUUUGUAAGUGCUGAUAAAAUCUGCUAGGGGGAGAAAAUUCCGCGAGUCUGUCAUUAAGUGGGCUACCUUAGUGAUUCCAUGCAGGAAAAGAUGUUUGUAGAAGACCGGUCUGUUUUCGAUCCUAACCAGCGAAUUAUGCCAUAUAUGUUGUUCAAGGAAUUGCUGCUCGGUUUUGAUUUUAGCAUCAAAAUUAAUUUCUGACCAUAUUUCUAAAAUUUCUUUUAGAAAUGGGUCUUGGACCGAUAUCGACUUUGAAAUGUCACGUUUGUGUAAAUUACAUGUGAAGACUAGUUUGCCGCCGUGCUUCUUAAGUUCUACUUCAAAAAAAUAUUUCCAUUUUCCGCGGUUAGAGUCGUCAAGGUAUUUUUUGAUCCAAACAGUCUUGAGCGAUUUGGUAAAUGAAGCGAUGUCAAUCAUUUUUAACCCUCCAUUGUUGUAGUCGUUUGUCAUGACACUUCGCUUAAUCUUAUCGCACUUAUUGUUCCAAAGAUAAUUUUAUGAUUUGUCGGCAGCGGAGCUAAAAUAUACGUAAGUUGAAAUGCCGCUAAGCUUUUAAUAACUUGGAUUUUGCCGAGUAACGUUAGCCGCCUAUAUUUCCAAUUGCUUAAUAUGUUUUUAAUUUUGUCCGCUUUUUCCCUAUAGUUUAAGCUUAAUGUGAUAUCAGGAUCGGUCGAAAGCCAAACGCUAAGGACCUUAACUUUGUUUUCUGGCCAUUUAAAAUUCUUCUCGGGAAGAAGUUUUUUCUUAUUUCCUGCCAUUGAUACAAUCCAUAGAGCUUCAGUCUUUUUACUGUUGAGUCUGAGACCAGACAUACUGCUAAAAGUCUCGAUCAUCUUAAGUGUGGCGGAUAAUGAAUCUCUAGUACCGUUAAGAAUGAAAGUUGUGUCAUCUGCAUACUGGCUAAUUUUAAUUUCUGAGUUGUUUUUAGAUAUUCCUUUAAUAUUCUUGUUCGAUCUGGUUGCUUUAGCUAAAAUUUCAGCAGAUAGUGUAAUAGUACAAAGAGGAUUUUACUGGAAAAACUAGCAGAUCGGCUCAUCUGUCAAGGACGGGAAAAAAUUGUAGAGGGUUGUAAAGGCAUUUUCUUGAUUUUAUGCAUGCAUUUCUUCAUUGCUUAUCAAGCCAGAAUUACACAGAGACAUCGCGAGUUAUCGACGUGAAUAGACGUUUUUUUGGUUAUUGAAUCAAGUUUCUGUUGAUAGUAUUUGAAGAACGUCCUUUCAUAUUUAUAAAACUAUUCAGAACAGAUAAACUUUCAGCACACUAUUAACAAUGCUAAAACCGUAGACUGGUGUCAUCGCGGCGCGAAGUCCGAAUUAGAAUAGCGCUAUUACAAAGGCAGACGUUAAUUGAAACAAAAAAUCGUACAUUAAAAUGCUUAAAAUGGCACUACUGAAUUGUACGAUCAAUAAAAAAUAUUGCAGUGUUCAUGGAGGACGGGGCAUUUGCUUUCUUUUUUUCGUCCUCACCCACGGAAUGUGACAACUAAAGAGUCCCUGCUCCCGGGAAUUUGCCAUCUGGGCGCAGCUGGAAUUGACUGAUGCAUAAAGAAGGUUAAGCCCUCUCCCGAUGCCAAUAUGAUAAAACGUCUUCAAUACAUUUGAUAAACUGUUCCCGCCACUACGACAUUCUUGCUAAAACCGGUUGUAGAAUGACGACGGCUACCACAUUUUCCCGCCAAAAUGAAGUUAGUUCGCGCACGCAUUACUCAGUAUUGGGAAAAUCUCGUACUCGUAGUGGUCCUCGUCCUCGAAUCUAAAGCUCUCUAAUGCUGAUUAGAUAACGUGACGUAAAGUCAGCGUGUCCUUGUUAAAAUUAAGUCAAGAAAUGAAGCCCCAAAAGGACGGCUUUUUCCACGUUCUUCAUUAUUUCUUGAGGAUCCAAAAAUAUCCUGGACCAACCUCUUUUAGAUAAAUUUACGAUUAAAAUUUAUUUCCGUUUUUAUUGGUAGCGGAACUCCACCCGCGCGCGAAGCGGGCGCGUGGACGGAGCCCCAUAGCUAAGGAAAUGUGGUAAUCUACCCAUCGGAGAAAAUUUGGUAAUCACGUGACCGUACGCCCGACCGUCCGUCCGCACCACAGGGUAACCAAUGUUUACUCUCACACUUUCUAGCUAGUUUGGGAGCCCAAGGGAAAACUAAUUGCAUAUCAAUGUUGUGAUCAAUUGACAGCUGUCAAAACAGGGUAUCCGCUGACCAGUAUCACCUGACGUAUCGCGGGCUCAAUUUCUACCCAUCGGGGUGGAGCAUAUUUUGAAGUUAUCCGCUGACAAAUUACCAGUUUCAAAUGAUCGCGGGAUCAAGUUUAUUUUUUCCAAUGAUUCAUAUGAAAUAUGUUGUGUUUAUGUCAAUAUGGCCCAGCACGGUUAAGAUUUUGAUUUCAAACUGACUGCAGACGCGAAAAUUCAGUCAGUUUUUUUAAACAUACAGGGGGGGGGAAGACCUUUUCUUACCAUGGUCACACGUUGGUCACGCUCUACGUCCAAUUUUUAUGCUCUGAUUGGUCAAAAUUGGACAGGUGAGUUCAUGCGGAAAAUGUAUGGAGCAUCUUGAAAGUUGUUUACUUUGACAGCUGAAGCUGACAGAGUUUUGUGUCAACUUGUGAUGUUUUUAACUGCCUUUUUCUACUGGAUGUACAAAAUGAAAUACAGCUGCUAUCAAGAGUCUUCUGUUAUUCAUGGCUGGUUUGUUUAUUGGGUUUUUGGUUGGGAAAUGCGUCGCUUGUCAAAAUUCGGUAAUCCCAUUUCGGAUGGCAUGGUUUUCGUUUUCACCUUGCUUAAUGCGUAAGAGGGUUUGAAGUCUCAAGCAACUGUGGCCUUCCUUGAUAUCUUUCAGGAACUGAAUCUCGAAUGGUAAGCCUGAGUAAUUAUUGUAUUUGAUGUAUGUUUUUGUUAUAUCUAAUUUCAUGAAGUCGAGCACAGUUUAUGCGGCAAGUUUAUGCACGUUUGUAAGAUUUGAGUCAAUGAUCUGACCUAGUAUCAGGUUUGAUAUAAGAUAGCAGAACUUGAAAAGGCCUUCAGAUAUAUUUUCUCACCGCAAAUAGAGAGAAAACGUUCCGAAGAAUAUUUAGUUAUAAAUUUGGCUGUAGAAAGAAAACUUUGAGCGAUUUUCUUGCUUCGAGGAGUUCAUCUUUGAAAAAGCAAACACCGGGAGGCCGGCUGAAAGUAAAACAUAAUUAACUUAAGCUUAAGCUUUAAGCGUAAAGACUCAGGAUUUUUAAAGACACUUUAAUGCUAGUCUUCGUGAAUGAAAAUUGUUGUCUCUGUAAAAGUUUCACCGAAUUGUAUUUGUUUUAUUGAUCGUUAGUAGUCUCUCUUGCAAUUUUAAUCGCUUGUCCGUGGCGUUUGUUUUCAUCGUUCAUGAACAUCGUUUGCAAAAGUACUUAAAAUCUCGCGCGUAUCUAACGCUUUAUAAGAUUACACAUAGUUAUAACUGAAACCAUUAAAUAACAAAAAUAAUAAUAAUAAAUUCGUUAUUAUGUGGAAGCGUAACUAGGCUUUUGUACAUUAUGCUAGCAUUUUUUCGAGCAUUUUAGUGAGGCAAAAGCAUUGAGCAUUAUUCGAGCAUUUUAGUGGCAUUUUCCGUGGAAAAUUAAUUUUUCCGAGAAAAUAAAAUAGAAAUUAACUUUUUUCAGGAGCCCAUGACCCAUGAGCUCCUGCUUUUUUAAACGAAAUGAAGACUAAAAUCCAAAAUUCACAAAAAACCUAAUAAAGCUGUUUUUUUGGCUGUAUUUAUGAACUUGUACACGUUGUCGUUGUUACUUGCAACACUUGCACGUUGCACGUUUUUGUAAGUGUAAACUUUGAAAUUAAUUUAAAAAAAUCGUUUGUAUAAUGAGCAUUAUCCGAGCAUUUUAGUGACUUUUUUGGGGAGACCGAGCAUUCUAGAGGGAAAAAUGGAGCAUAAAGGUGGAGCAUUUUAGUAUGGAAGCAAAAGCAUAAUGUACAAAAGCCUAAGCGUAACGCUAUUAAAGUUCAUUCAAACAAUCGACCACAGUGACAGCUCGCACUAGAAAUGAGAACCGGCUGUCCGUAUGGGUGAUUUUGGAAAAUGUUUUGAACGGUUUCGCUAAAAGCCCACGAUUGAUCGUCCUGAACAUUGACUGAGUGCAAUUUGUCUUGGAAAAUUGUGAAAUUCCGCAUUCUGUCCCAGGUCUGUAUGAUAAAUAGUACUGUUUCACCUCAGAUGUGAUGUAUAAAAAGAAUAAAAGGUUGGGUUACACACCCCCAGAUUUGUUGCCAAGAAUUUUUAAAGUAAACCUGUCGAACGCAAAAAAAUUCGGCCUGAUUUGUUUUCCAAAAAUUUAUUUUCGAGGCCUAAUCUACUGUGAUCAAGAGCCAUCAUGGAUGUUUGCUAUUUUUGGGCUGUACAUAUAAGGCUAUCAACUCGAUGUAAGAUGUUUCACUCUAAAAUAACUUAGCCUUUCCCUCAAGUCACAUGAAUGUGCCCUUAAGUUAACUGAUUUGUGGAUUGCAAGUUUUAUUGUUUGAUGUAAAUUAUAAAUUUAUUAAUGGGAGCUUCGCUAUUAGCCCUAGCUAAAUCUAUAUGUUAGAGGUUUAUAGAAAGGUCUUUGAGUUUUUCGUGAAAAGAAAUUUUUUGCAAGGAUGCUUGCACUAGUAAAUGGUCUGCCUGUGGUAGGUGAAUGAAGGAGUUAGUUUGUGAGGAAACCGUAGUGUUGUGUCGAUAGGGAAGUGAAAUGCAAAUUAAUAAAGUAGAUUAGUCACAGCAGUCCUCCGAGCGAAUGAAAUAUAACGAACUGGAAACGCACUAGCUAGAUAGCAUUUAGUUUGCGUAGCUGACGGGAUUUGACGUGCACGACUUUGACGCAUUGGCUGUAAACCGCGAGAACAAUGAGGAAAUACGUUGAGUCAUCCUCCCGCGGCUUCACCCCUCGCUUCGCCCCUCGCUUCGCCCGGCGGCUCCGCUGCCACUCUCUGAGCACACUCUGAGCCCGCCAGCAGCGCAGGCUGGGGGGGUCCGAUAAGUGAUCUCGCUAUGGUUUACAAUCAUGUGACACUUAUUUGAAUGGAUUUUGUCAUUAUCUCUGUACAUCUUAAAAUGGAUCUUUGGAGACUGAUUGAAUCUGACAGUGCUCUGCACUUUUGAAUAUAGAUGCUUAGAAGAUGAUUUUAUCUUGGUGCAAGCAAGGCUCGUGGUACCAUGUUCGUAUGUGUCCCGCAAAGUCCCAUACAAGUACAUUGUAUUAAAAGAAAAAAGGAAAGAUUCGAAAGAAAAGGCAAAAUAUUUGUGGGAAUACUUAGUUGGCUGGGGAUAUGACAAGAACAGAUGUCUUCAAAUACCAAAAGAGAGAUGUGGACAAGGAGGUGAUUAUUGUUUUUGCUGUUGUCUUCAUUGUCAUGCUAGCCUGCGUGGCGGGCGUUCGAAAGGGGAAGGGAAAAGGGGAUUUUUGGCGCGAAAUUCCCUUCCCCUUCCGCUUUCGAACGCCUGUCACGCAGGCUAUUAUCAUCUAUGUAAAAUUAGUAGUCCUCUAAGAAGACAUGAGGUUACUGGGAGACAUUUUCUUGGAACGAUAGCCGGCAUGAUUUAAAACGUAUUUGAUAUUUUUAAUAAAGAUCAUUUCUCUAAUCAAAACCUUUUAUAAACAGCUCAAAGUCCUGCAAGAUUCUUCAAAACAAUAUUUUUCCAUAUUCAGUGAAAGCUGUGUCUGGUUAAAUGGGAAAAAAAAUGAUAAAAAAAUUCAAAAGAUUGGCCAUACUCGUCAAAAUACGCCGUCAAACCAGGUGGGAAAACGAGACUGUAUAUCCUACAUUUUGACUGCUUGGAGGUUAGUGGUGAAAGUUCCGUCAUGGCUUGAAUUCUAUUUUGAAUCGAACAUUUGGAUGUUGUGUAUCCACUAGAAUACCCCUAUGCCUGAAUAAAUUAAUACCGGAAAGUUCCGAAAAUACGCCCCUCAGUUUGUAAAGCUCUCCCAGUUUUAUGCUCCCAAACUUGAAUCGGAAAAAAGCCUCCUCUAAUAAGCUCCAUUGGGGCAUAUAUUUGACCCUCACCAAUGUUUGGAUUUUGGCCUCAAGUUCAAAAUGAGUUGCUCUGCAAUGGAACUGUUUGAGAAAAGCUUUUAAUGAAAUAUCAGAAUUAUGGUAUUAUGUGAAAACCCACUGAGGGAAAAUUGUCAUUCAUCAGCCAAACGCGAUAAAUUAUCCAAACUUAUGACAUCGCUUCAAUUUUUACCCAAUUAUGCGCGUAAGUUAGACAACUUUGAAAAGUUUCAAUGGACGCGAAAUUCAGCGAUUGUAUAGUACCCUGAUCAAUUGCAGGUCUGAAAUUUUUUAAUGCAAAUCUGUUUAAGAAUUUUUGUUAAUCUCUGUUUUCGUGAAAGUAGCUGUUACAAACUGCAAAAAGAGCUUAGCGAUAAUUGGCACCUAAAGUUUAACACCUCUAAAUGUGAGGUACUAACCGUCACACGUAAGCCCCUACGAUUUACAAGUUGAACAACAACUCACUUAAACACGUCACUCAAGUAAAAGACCUCGGAGUGACUAUCUUGCCGGACCUCACAUGGGACACACAUUAACACGAUCUUAGCUAAGGCCAAUAGGAUGCUCGCAUUUUUGUGCCGCAAUAGUGUUAUGUCAUUCACUACAGACCAUAGGAAAUUACUAUAUCUCACGUUUGUAAGAUCAUAUAUUGGCUAUGCUAGCGAGAUAUGGGCACCCAGUACGAUAUGUAGUAUAACAAAAAUAGAGAGUCUUCAACGCAGGGCGACAAAAUUAAUCUUAAACACGCACUGGCAAGAGGAUAUUUCUUAUCAUGAGCGCCUUUCUCGCCUCAAUCUGCUACGGUUAACAUACUGACAUGAAGUGAAAGACUUGAUUUUUUACUGCAAGUGUCGCGCUGGCCGCUACACCUUACCCAUAGAUGAAUACGUCAAGCCUAAAGGCACUCGUCUCACUUACCACAGCUCUGAUCAAGACGUACUAAUUCCCAAGUGCCGCACAAAGCUCUUUCAAUUUAGUUACUUUUACCGUAUUACUAAACUCUGGAAUACGUUACCUGAAUCCACUCGUACUCUUACUUCUCUUAAUCAGUUUAAAUCCCACGUACUCCAACGCUAUUCUGUUGCUUUUCGUACAAACUAUGACGUCACUAACUUUAACACCUGGAAGUCGAUCUGCUGCAAAUGCGGUAGGUCACGUAAUCUUCUAUUGGCUGGCAACUGCUGCUUCUCAGACUUUUUAUCGGCUGCGAGAGUGAUUCGUUCUUAUCCUUUUUGGAAAUAGGAUUUUUAUACUUCGUAUGAUGUUUUAAUGUUUACAUAGUUAGUAUUUGUGUAUUUUUCUUAAAGGCUUAGGCCCAGUUCAGACGUCGUGCUUCUGCCGUGCCGAACUAAAUUGAGGAAUUAAGUUCGACAAAAGCACGGCAGAAGCGCGGCGUCUGAAUCAAACUUUUGAAUUAAGUUCGGCAAGCAAUUAAGUUCGACAAGCGCUGCCGUGCCACACGGCUCUGGCACGGCAGCGAUUCAAACGUCGUGCUUCUGCCGCGCUAAACAAAAUUCAUAAAUUAUAUUAAUGAAUUUUGGCGAGAUUGCGUUCCCACGGGGAGUUGGGAGAAGAAUUGUUACGAGGCAUCAGUAAAUCCUGAAUUUGGUUCGACUCUGGCACGACGUCUGAAUCAAAGUUGUUUUCCUGCCGUGCUACAGUCGAACCAAAUUACAAUUAAGUUCGGCAGGGCAGAAGCACGACGUCUGAACUGGGCCUUACUUAAUUUAGAGCGUCGCUCUGAUGUGUGUCCCGCACUUUCGUCUCUCGCUCUUGUGACUUGCUCAAAUGUAUUUUUUUUCCUAGUCUUAAUUUAGCAUUGUAAUCAUGGUGACAGCGAUUAAAUAAAUAAAGAAAUAAAUCAUAAGUGGAUCAGUAACACUCAGAUAGUCAUCUAUUUACGUGUUCGACUUUCUCUUUAGACAAUAGAUGCUGAAUAGACCUCUUUAGCUUGUUUUUGUUUUUCCUAAUGUAGGUCGUGUGAUAAUACUUAAGACAACUGUUCCUUUCAAAUUUUGUCUUAUUCACGUGUAUACGUACGUAUAAUAUACGAAACGACAAAGGAACAAAUUUAGCCUGACACCUUCAUUGGGAGACUAAACGUACAAGCUUAACAGGUCUUGCACGAACUAGAAAGCUCGUAGAAAAUUGGUGUCCAAGAAUUUCGUAGACGGAUGAAAAUUGCUGUUGUAAUUAUCGUUCUUAUCAUUUUAUUUGCGUAUUUUUGUUAUUAUCUAGCUGUCUGGAACCAAUAUGAUGACACAAUCUUUAGUCCACCUAACUGGUUACAAUCAGCUCGUAACAAAAUGCCAUUUCUGAAGAGCAUGGAUGCUGCUGAAGGAAGGAAGAUUGCUACUCGGGCAAUGCUUCCCGUCUGGGAAGGAUUUACCGUGAAAGGUGGCAAUACAAGCUUGUCGGCUUGGGAGGCCAUAGAGACUAUCAACGAUUUAGCUUUCUGUAUGACACAAGCUCAUGUGGAGGAAAACAGUCGUUUGUCCAAGAAUGUCCCGUAUUCUUUCGACUUCACCAAAGUAAGUCAAUGCUCAAUGUUAUCUUGCAUGACUGUGUUAUAAACUGAAUUUUUUGGUGCUACCAUAGAUAUGACAGUAUUCGACGGACACCUCAAGACUAAUUUCUAGACGUUUAACUCCUAUUGCAAUAAUGUCACUUAUCCUGGGUGUCGCUAAACGAUGGUCGACCUCGGUGCAUAUCGACCUCAGAAGUUAGUCUCUUAAAGGAACUCGCGAAGGACUUCGGGAGAACGACAAGAAGUUGAAAGGGAAAUAAAGCAGUAAGGAAGAAAAUUUAUAAAUUUAAAAAACUUAGGCAAUAUAAAGAAAUAAAACAAAACUACAAUAACUAAAAAGAAGACUUAACGUAAAGGAAAAGAAAAAAAACUGGAAACCAUGGCUAGAAACCUAAUGUAAACGCAUUUCAUCGCUUUAAGAGAACAGAUGCGGCAGGCCCAACUAAGCCAAUACGGUAUAAACUCGCCUGCGAGCAAAACGUGUUUUGCUACCUCGAGCUUCGCUCAUACCGUAAGGCUAAUUAUCCAAAAUCGCUUCCAUUUGCUCCUAAAAGUACUUUUGCAUUCGAAAUUCAUUGCAAAAAGCACUUACCGACUCCUAAAACCACCGUAAAAAACUCUUUGGUCAUUGAUAUGAUGAGAAAUAGCCUUCAGUCGAAUGUUGCCUAUAAACAAAAAAUUUUCUGUGACGUCAAACUACUCCAUGACGUCAUAGUGGAUACCAUCGGAUAUACAAUACCUAUUUCAAUAAAGGUUGCUUUGGGAAUCGUGCUUUGGUCUUUGAAAGCCAUUGUUUGGUGGUCAUUCAAGCAAAGCAUUGUAUUGUAUUCUGUGUUUCAAUGACCAAAUCCCAAAGCAACCUUUAUUGUAAUAGGUGUACUAUUUUCAGUGCUUAACCCUAAUCACUAUAUUCACUGCUCGAAACAGAAGCGAUAAGGAACACUAGGUUGUGUCAACUUCACAAGGUGUCCAAAGGGGUUUAGGCCAAUGGGAUCUAAUGCUAACCGAGAAAAUCGUCCGUGCGUAUGUCCACCCUUUCAUGUAAGCCGGCGUGAAAUUUUGCAUUUCAAUUACCCGCGCGCUUCGGUGGUAAAUCGCAUAGCCACCCGGACUUUUAGUGAUAAAAAACAACAACAACAAAGCCGAUUCUUUUUUUCGACUUAAUUUUAAUGUCUCCAUUGCCCUUGAUAACAGAGAAAGAGCUCGAGCGAGGGAUAAAAAACAAAGGAGACCAAUUUCGUUGGAAGAAUAACAUGUAAAUUUUAUAGAGGCGGUGAGAAAAUGAGAAAUGCUAGAGGCCACCAAGGUGAAAAUGAGUGGCAGCGAAAAAAAAAAAAAGUGAACAAGAACAUAUACAACAUUUCCUCCACAAAACGUGUAACUAAGAAGUUUCUGGAAGUUUCACGUUGUAGACGUGCAAAACAACGGAAAAGAAAUCUACAAAAAAAGUGUACUACACGUGCCAAGGUUUCUUUUUUGCUAAUUAGACCUACUGAUUUUUUUGUCUGUUUUUGUUGCCGUCGCCGCUUAACAUUACGCGAUUUUAUAUUAUGUUUGAGUUAACUAUAGAUAUUGCCGAGAGCUUCGCUUUUAGCCCUGGCUAAAUUUCCUUCUUUUUUUUUCCACAGCCUUAUUGGGUACUCCUCUUGUAAUAUACAAUAUAAAUUUACAAUACAACACAAAAAAAAAAAAAGAAAAGGAAAGAAAAGAAGCAAAAACCCAAAAGGGGUAGGUGCAACGGGACUAACGUCCCAUGCGAGGCAACGCCCCUAGAUUAAUACCUAGGUUACAAUAAAAUAAAAUGAAUACUCAAACAUUCGUACAAAAAAAUAAAAUAAAUUACGAGCGGCAUGGGCACGUAGGGGUAAUUGAUUUUAUAUACCCGCGACAGGUGAGUGCUCAUCAAUCUAUCUGUUAUGCUGAAUGUUUGGAAAGUAAUUACGGAUUGAGUUUGGUUUUUGGUAAUUUCGUCAGCGUGUAUCACUGUGUUAUAUUUGUUUAAUGCAUGUUGUUUUAUCUUACCAUUUUUAGCUUCUAAAGGAAAUGUUGCAGCCAAAGAUAGAGCAGAAUGCUCUACCCCUAUCAAAUGGCACAGACAAUACCAAAAGGAUGCUUCGUCUUGUAUCAUCAGUUGCGAUUGCUCAUGUUCUUGUUUCUCACAAAGUGCGCCUCGAUCGUGAUAAAUAUGCAAAACUGUUGUCAUCGUUAGUUCUCUGGCGAGAUGCGAAGGAAAAGACUUGUAGUUCAUUUAACAGCCUUUUGAGUCACUUUCCCAGCGAACAGUGGCGGUAGGUAGUUCCUCCGUGUUUUCAUAUUGCUUCCGGGUUCAACUAGAAAUAAAAUUGGCCUUUAAUGGACCAGUCAUGUUCACAACGGCUUUAGGUUGAAGGCACUGCAAAAUGUAGCAUCAUACUUUCUAAAAACGUACACAAGUCCUUUGGGUGGUGGAUGUUUUUAGCAACAGAAGUUGAACAAAGACCUUUGGUUUUAUAUUAUAAUGCAAUAGCUCCGUUGUGCAAGCGCCAGAUUGAAUCCGGUCUCUUUCAUGUUGUCAAUGAACUAAACCGGGAUAAAAACAAACAAAUAGAGAGGUUUUCAACGAAAUACCGGACUGCAAGUUGUAAGUUGCCGUAAUGGUGUCUUAUAGCAUUCUAGAAGAUAUAAGUAUUCUUGUCCUUGUUUUGAAGUCAACUAUCCUAAUUUAUUACACAGUACUCCAUAGACCCUUUCACGUGGCGGCCAUGUUGAACUAAAUUCGUUCUUAAGUUUUUUUCUCUGCGAGGCUAGACGUGCAUUUGUUUCCAAAGUUUAAACAGAACAAUUAAGCGUCUCACCUUUCGGUGUGACGAGGAGAGAGUUGUUAUUUUUUAAGAACCCUAUUCUAUCUUGACCGAGUAGCUUGUGUUUUAGUACCUUCAUAAAUCAACCUGUGUUACCUGUGUCCUUUUUAUAUCCUAUACGUUAGAUUUUAACUUGCACCGCACCCAGAAACAGCUUUUAAUGUUUUCACCUUCCUCUUUUAACUUUUGAUCCCGAAUUAGAAAAUUUUAGUGCCCGGUUGUCUUAAAUCUAUUGUAAAAGAUACUAAUCAAAAUAAAUAACUAACUAAAUAAAAAUAUGCCGAGCAUUUUCUUUCGAGCUUAUUUUGAAUACUAUCAUGGUUUAAGGCUUUAAACUUUUCUUUAAGGAACCUUGGAGAAUCUGUUCAAGCGAUUUGCAGGCAAGUUGUGAAGGAUAUCUACGACCUUCAUGACUGGUUGUUUGCAGUACCACUAGUUCAUUUCCUGACCCAGGCAUCAGAACCGUUUAGCAGUGAUGUGUUACUCAUGGAGGAACCUAAACCUAAAGAUGACACCUGGUGGGGUGCGAAUGGAUUUUCUACCAAACCAGUGAGAGAAAAGAAUUUUACAGAUAACAGGUGAAAGACGCACAUUUUUUCGAGUGUCAUUGUAUUUAGCAUAAAAGUAGUGAUUGAGGAGCCUAUUUUAGGUCCGCCAUUUUUAGUGGUCAUCCAAGCCGCGCGAAGGUCCAUCCGUUUGCAGCGCAAAGGCAGUACUUUCAUUUCUCAACUAUUUUAAGAUCCUUAAUAUUGGUCUGAUCCGAAAAUUGGAUCCACGACCUCCAACUCUGCCGUCAAGCGCUCCACCUACUGACUUAAGCCAACCGCGGUUGGUUGUUUUUGGAGCAUAUAUACCGAUGUAGUGCUGCCAUGUUUCUUUAAGAAACAUGGCAGCACUUUAUACAUUAGAUAUUUUAUUGUCUGAGCCUCAUGCUGCCAUAUUCCUUCAAGACAGACGGGAAAGGUCUUAAGUUGUUACAAAUAUUACGUUGUCUGUUAUCAGUUGUUGGUUUUCAUUUGUUUUGCUGAUUAUCCUCUUGUAUCUUGUAAAGUUUCAGACAGAGAGGUUGCAGGUAAUGUGGUUCUUCCUGACAUUUAAAGCGAAUUUUUAUAAAUUGGUUGGUAGAAUUCGUAGUUUCUUUUCCACCGUCAUUAAGGCUUAUUGAGUAGUUGCUUUGUAACGUUCGGGCCAUAUACUUCGGACAGAACUGAUGCUUGCGGCAAUUUUUUUACCACGUCGGACCUACCACAGUGAUGAUGCAUUAUUUAAAGAAAAUAUUUCUCCAGUAAGUUUACUUCCCACGUGACCUGUCCCGUUUAAGUGAUUUAUUUUGGUUUGAACACGAUCAUGGCAAUCCAUACCCACUCAUUGUGAAUGCAAUAAUGAAAGCAAAAAGUGAAGAAAGAGCAAAUUUUCCCACCCAGUCAAUCUAGUGAGUGAACUCUUUGUUUAAUGGGGACAUCGUGAUUCAACAAACGACGGAGGUCCUUUCAUAGGUUUUGUGACAUGUUCAAAAUUCCUCUGUAACCUUGCAAACGCCUCCUUUGCAUAUUUUUUCUUUAUUAUUGAGGAGCGUAUUUAAUUGUAAAGGCAUUCUGGAGUUGUACUAUUUUAUCGUUGGGCAGAUUUAACAGAAACAACGUGACAACAGUGACUGCAGCGCGCACAGAUCUAAAACCAAUAGCUGAGCGGCAAAUGGAGCCCGGAAAGUCCAUUGUGUUCACAACCCCUCAAUAAGAUCCCUCCUCGCUCAGCCAGUCAUGGGUUAGAAAUUUUCUCUUCCUCAGCAAACAGCAUUCAUACUGAAAGUUUGCCCUCUAUGUCGACCUACGGAAACGUGUUAUGCUACUGAAAUGUAAUGUUAUGAACUUUUGCCUUCUUGAUUGUGUUUUUGGUUAUUGUUGUUUUCUUUCUUUCCUUUCAGUUGCCCUUCCUCUAUGAUGAACAUGUUGUCUCCCUUGUUUGAACUGGAUCCUCUCUUCAGAAGGACGUUUCUUUUUUGUGUUCCUCCCGUAGCGUUUAGUAAAAUUGCUACCUCCGGACUAUUUCCACCUGUCGAAGUAUGCACGACCCUUGCCCGGGGUUUGUCUGUAAAGGACUAUGUAAUGCCAGAUGAGGUAAGUUCUUUUUUAAUCUCUUGUUUCGUUUCGUUUCAUUUUUUUUUUACAUUACCAUUGCACUCUAUUAAUAACAAGUUCUGCUGAAAUUUCAAUUGCAACCAUCUCGAGAAACCGACCAGCUGUCGACCACCCAUCAAGAUACUAAAGUCGGUUUUCCCAGUCAAAGGACUAUAAUUGCCUCUCGUAAGCGACCACUUCCCUAUCGUAAGAGACUACCAAAUCGUGGCAUUUUGGAUAGCCACUAAUGGGUUGGUCGACUGUUGACUGUUGCCAAACUAAUUUUACCAUAAGUUAUUUUGUAAACUUCCAUUGCCUAUGAACCAACCUUAAAUUCCCUUCAAGAGCUGAGAAGUAAGUGUACCAGCCCUACCACAAAAUUUGAUUUCAGUUAACAAAAGUAACCUUAUGUAAACUCAAGACGCCAUCUGGAGGCACCUUGAAAGUAAGUUACAUUUACCUUCUUCUUUGAUGUAGAGGCAAGCUGCUGCAGUUGCAUUGUUCGAAACACAAAAGGAUAUAAAAUUAGCCACUGAGAUAGCAGGCGCUGAGUAAGUAUAAGUAGUUAUUAGAAGUAACAAUAGCGAUGUUUUGUCCUACAUUUGCAAACCACAUUUCGAAUAUCUGAGAUUGAAAGUAAGGCUGAUUAUUCCAUUCAAUUAAAUCUCAGUAACCCUAAAAAAAAACACGUGUAGAAGUGAACAUUUUUCAAAUAAUACUUAACAAAGGAGAGGUAUGGAGAGGAGAAUUAGAAACGUCCGGAAAACGAAGGAGCAAAAAUGUAUCUUUGCAAACUCCGUAAGCACAGGUAAUUACAGACAUAUAUUUCUCUCAAAGUUUAUUUUUUAAAACGAAGCUGGUGUUACAACGUGACUGGCCGUUUCUCGUGAUUCCUUUUCCCGUACAGUAAUUCUCAGCAAGUUAUUUUCUUUUGGUAUAGCUUCUGCUGUAAAUACGUUAUCCUUACGGGUCUUUCCCAAAUAACAGUUUCUUGUUUUAACAAAUUAAAAAAAUCUCUGUAAUUAAUUACGAUAAUAAUAGUAAUCAUAAAUCAGUGUUAGUAAUUACGUGAGUAUAUCAUCUCCAUCAUGUUGGUAAUUUGUGUUAGAUCUUCCAACGAUGGUGAUCACGAUGCCUUGAAAGAUGAAGUCCUUCUCUGCUCCAAGUCCUGCUUGGGGAUUUUUAGGGAUGUUUCUAAGUCUCGCUGCAAUUUUGGACUUCUGCUGGACUGUUUACAAAGCAUCGCGGCAUGCAUCUCAUUUCUUGGCCAGCUGUCCACGACAGGGGAAGAUGAAACAGGAGGCCUUGAAGGAAUAGAGCAAGUGGUGGAGGAGGCCUUUGAAAUUGUCAAGAAGUGGCUUAAGAAGUCAUUAAGUAGCAAAAUUCCUUGUUACCGCAUAGAGGAAGCCGAAUUAGAAUUAAAGGUGUUUCAAAAAAGUUUUGUGUUUGUUAUCAACAAAGCGAAUUGUAACUUGCUUGAAUUUGCUUCAUGCGGAAGAACAGAUAAAAUGGAGACAAUCCCUUAUUGCAGAAGGGCCUUUUUGCACCAUAUAAGUUUCCCUCUAGCGUUGUUAGUGACCCGAAUUGUUAAAUAUGUUGUGCAAGUGCCUUAAAGAUGCUCAUUUGACCUUAAUAAUGUUCCCGGUAAUCAAGCGCUUUAAAAAUAUGGUUGCUAGCUAAAAAAAUCAAGUUUACUGAGAUUUCUGCCACAAACGAGUUUAGUUUACCUUCAUGUUUCAUGAAAUAUUCAAAAUAUACAUUUUUAGACGUGGACAAAGUUGUUCGCCCUUGAAUGGAAGGUUAAACAGUGCGAGGUCGUCUGGAGUGAUUGCUUGUUACGGGAACUGAAACAGCGUUUGGAAGAGGCAAGAGAACUCUUAUUCUUUUGUAUUACAUUAUUAUCGUAAGUAGCCUACCAUCAGUAAAUGACGUUAGUGACAAUGAUGGGUGGGUCUCUCUCACAGGGAAUACGAGCACGUUAUCUUCUCUAAACUCUUUGAAAAUUCUAGUUAGGAACAUUCAUCAACAAUUUAUUUGCAACGUGUAAAACAUUGCAGUGAUCAGUGUACCUUUCUAGACCUCACACACCACAGUGCUGUGUCUGAGGUGAUGCACGUGAGUUGGAUUGCGUUUAUUCCAUUACAAUGUACAAUUGCCGUUCAGUUAUAGGUGCGAAAACGAGAAAUGAGAAGAAUGCAUUAGAUUCAGCACUUGUAGAGUUUGACAUUUGAAACUGCCUAAGAGCGAUAAAUGUAAGAGCAUCCUUAGUAAAAGCAGGGUCAAUGAUAUAUAUCUCUAAAUAACAAUUGCCUUGUCAUUUAAGGUAUUUUAAACAUCUGCCUUAUUUUUGUUUUUGUAGUGUUUCUGUAAUGACCUGGUCGAAGUAUUUACCAAAGCUAACAUGGCAGCCCAUCAUAAUUUUGUUCAAGACUUAGUGUCUGAAGUAACGUUCGGAAAAGUUGAAAGCAUGCUUCAGGUGACGUAAUGUGUUUAGUUAUUCCACUCCUAUGUUCUCUACAGUAUUAGUAGUACACUAAAGAAAUUUUGAUUUAGAAAUCGUUUCACUUUUCACCAAUAGAAAAGUCAAUCUUUUCAAACCGUAGGAUGGUUAAUGAGGGUGAAAUUUUGGAUGAUAUGCUUAUUUCGCUGUUUUGAAGUUCGUAUAUUAUACGACAGUUGCAUUUCCUGAAACUGGAUCCGAAAUCACUUUAGUUUUUAGAUUUUACCAACUUUCCGAGUUUGGUUAUCUCUUUAAUAAUGUGAUUCAACAUUGCUUGAAUUUAGGUAAAACGAAUUCGAACAUACCAAUGAAACAGUCAAGAGCCGUUAAUGUCUAAUAUGCUACAGUUUUAUUCAUUUUCCUUCUCCAUUUAAUGUGAAACAUACUAAAUCAAUCUGAAGGAAAAGAUACCACUACUUCCUCGCAUUUUUGAAAUCUCAUGAGACUUGUGUGUUUUUAAAUGACAAUGACAUUCACUUAAUUUUCGCGUCAUAUGUUUGCGGUACUUUAAUUUCUGAUUUUUUUUAAAUCUCGAAAAUCUUGUGUAUAAGAUAGCAAAUGCUCAUGCCGUACUGGAAGUGAAGUACUACGAUGUUUAUUGAAAUCUUACUUGUAAAAACUCUUUUCCGGGCUUGUCUUGUACAAUUUCGAAACAAACGUAUUUUGUAACGAAGGACAACAUCCAAGUAUAAGCCCCAUUCUACAGAACCUUUGUUUAGCGACUACCGCAAAGCAUAAGAAAAAUUAGUCGAAUAAAGCUAAAAUAAGCUGAAUUUUUUUGCUGUAUUAUUCAAGAAAGUCGCACAAGCUACAAAAGCAAUAACGGUUUUUGGAGAACUACCUUAAGAUAUGGUCAGUUUGAUUUGUCUCUUUUCAUGAUUUGUUUGUAUGCUGCCCUCUUUCUUUAGAUGGGCAACGAAGGAGAGGAGGUGUUCCAGUGGCUGUCAGAGCAUGGCCUUGAUUCUCCCCAAGCCGAUAAAUGUGGCGAGCUUCUAACUCUGAUGCUUACGCGUUGCUGGCCUCAACCACAAGGAGGCAUUUCAUGCUCAAGUAAAACAAGUCUUCGGCACGUUCUGACCUGGAGGCUAUGGCCCUGCUUCUUUCGUAGAUUCGGUAAUAAUUUUGUGCAUGAAAGUUAAGCAGUUUCUUUCAGAUUUGAUUCUGUACGUGCACUCAGUCGCUUCAUUAUUACUUGCUCUGGUCAUUCAACUGCUUCAACAUUUGUAUCAUUUCUCAACAUCAUUUCGUCUUCCAGACAAACUAGUAAUGUUAAGACAGACUCUGGUAAUCGCUUUUGGUCAAUAUAUGGCAGCACCCCUAAAGUGAAUAAGUGAAGUUUAUACAUCUGGCCCGGGUUGUUCAAACGUUGGAUAGUACUAUCCACCGGAUAAAUCACUAUCCAGCGGAUAAAUAUUGGAGAAACCAAUUGUGCUAUUCAGUGGAUAGUGAUUUAUCCAGUGGAUAGCGUUACCCACCUUUCGAACAACUAGGGCCUGUUAUCUAUCCUCUCCUAACCUUAUCUGCUCAACAAAUACCAAUUUACGGUAAAUUCUACAAUGCGUGCUGGAUGUUCCUUGUAUCUGUGUUUCUAUUCGUUGUAUGAUGUAUCAAGCAGUGCUGUUUUCCCCUUUGGUUUGUACAAGACACCACUAAUAUUCCAUAGUCAUAAAAGAAAAGUGAGUGUCCUGCGACCAAGUGUGAAACUAGUGACCGUUCUUGCCUUGAUUCACCUGUGGAGUUGAGUGGUAUUGGGCAGGCAAAUUGACUAAGUAUGAUAUGAGGGUAUGAAUAUGAGUAUGUGUCUUUGUAAAUUCGGAACUUCAUAGGAAGAACUUUGCCCAAAUACUGUCACUUGGCAGUGCCUUUGAUCAAACUUUCUCUGAAUAUCUUUGUUUCAUCAAGGAAAACCAUCCAGACUGAAAAGUUUUCAUAUUUUCUUUAUUGUUGUUGCCAGAAAGGAAUAAUAUGGGUGAACAAAAGAGCACGCAUCAGGGCGUAGGAUCAUGACGAGGAUCAACAAACGUUUUGGGGUUCAUGACAAAACUUAGGAGAGAUUAUAGAAGUAAACGUUACCCGCCUUAAUGGCCAUCAACUUUACGACUAUUAUCUUAAAGGAUGUGUCAAGGGGUAAAGGUGAAAAGGGUAAAAGUUCCUUACUUUGCGUCAGUUACUCAAAAAUUUUCAUCAUCCAACUAACAAACGUAAGGCCAAUGGUGCGCUACUUUUGGUCCCCUCUCUUCAUCUGUGCUCCGUUUUACGGCUACGUUAUAGCUAACCAAAGCCAUAAGGAAAGCAAAGAAGUUGAAACCAGAAGCUUUUUACGCUUUUUACGCUUGACUGCUGUUGAAAAAGGAGUUGGUGUAAAAUAAUAGAUAAACGUGUUUUGGCUAUCGUUAGUAUAAUGCCUUUUUCUUUACGUCUUAUGUUUUUCUGUUGUAGGGCGUGAGUCUGAUUUUCGUCGAGUGCUGAAGGGAGAUGGACAGGAGAUUUUGAUGUUGGCACUUUCAUCUUUAGAAGCUGCAAUCGAUGGGGUUAAGGACGGUUCCAUAGAAUUUCAGUUGUUAAAAUUAGUUCUUGAUCACUCCGACCGAUUUUUUAUGCUUUCUGAGAAAAUAAGCAAAAAGGGAAGUGAAAAAUCAACGUUAAAGCAGUCUUUAGAUCAGCGCUAUGUGGAAUUAACUGCAUUUGAGGAGGAAAGGCAGAGGGUCUCGUCUUUUAUAAGGAUGUGCGUAGCCAUUAAGCAAGGUAAUGUUAUAUUUUAAUUUUACAGUGUGGGCGGGCUCGUCUACUUCUAUUGUGAUCUCGUAGGGGGUAGUAGGCCAAGCUUUAUUAGCCUUACAAUGAAUAAACGUUAUAUAUAGUAGUUCAGUCACGUAAUAUCAUGGGUGUCAAAUUACUCUUUAAUUUUAGCUCGAAAUGUCAGCGUUAAUUGAAAUUACAAAAUUGCUAUGGCAACGUUCCGUAUGUCUCAAUGUUAAGAUGGCGUCAAGGAUUUAAAAUCCUAUGAGUGCAGAUGUCGGGGCAUUAAAAGACGCUUCAGAAAACCUAAAAACAGGAAAAGGCACAUCAAGAAGGGUUCUAACAGGUAUUUUGUCGAAAAAUUGAGAAAAUUGUGGCUUUGUAAUAUGGUGUACAGUAUUCAGUGCGUGGAGUUCUCGAUACGAUAAACAAAUAAAAAAAACCCGGGAUUGUAAGCGUAAGCGUAUUCCCUAAUUUCACGAGUUUGAUCACAGAUACUAAUUUCACCGUCUUUUCCAAUAUAGACAUUAAGUGUUAUCAGGAAAAAGUUGCAAUUUCUAUAGUCUAAAAUCAUCUUCAAACAACAGCACAUCAAAUUGCAACUCAAGUUACUUCCUUUAGCUGUCUCUGGUUCAUGUCCUUAAAAAACCAGUCUCACUCUCCCUAGGAACUAAAACGAAAUGCCGCCACCAGACUUUUCACAUUGACGCUGUUUAACCAGAUUUAAACGUCCUCCACUUGGUGGGGUUUGAGCAAUACGAUAGGCUCUAAUGCUCGUGAAACUUCUAAAUGUGUUUUUUGAACUGUAGAUAGCCUGCGUUGCAGGCGUUUGAUGGGGAAGGGGGAUUUCAGGCGUGCGAGAACGCCAAGGGAGCGCGCCUUUUGUGCUUUAGCGCGUUCGAAUUCCCCCUUUCCACGCAGACUUAACGGUAGGUUAGUUGUCAACAUUUGUCUAGUUAAGCAGUGAAAUAGGUUUUGCAUUGGCAAGAGCAUAGUUUCGAAGUAUGUCAUAAUUUUGUUUACCCUUGUUUCCUCAGUUGACCUGCACUAUCUGAGUAAAAAGACAGAAAUGGAUGCCUCUCAGAUGGCGAUUAAAGAACUAGCACAGUCGACUAGGGCUCAAGGAAAAGUGUUUCCUUUGGUGACAUUCUUUGGGCUUUCUCCGAAGGCAAAGCAGAUGAUUUCCGCUCUGAGCAAGCUUGCUAACAGUACACUUUUAAGGCAGCUUUGGAAAGAAAGCAGCGAGAAAGCACUAAAAAUGACUGAAAAGAGAGAAGGUCACAGGACGUUUUUGCUGAGUGUUGAUGAAGUUGAAGAGUUAGUGUGGGCGCCUUCAAAUGAACGGCUACAGUCACUGCAAGAGCGUUUUUUAAGUGGUGUUAUUUCUUUCGAAGAGAUCGACAAGCUCUUCCUGGUGUUUAAUGACAGUCAAGACCUUGCCAAAGAGAUGAGGCUGCUCAUUUCAAAAAAUGACAGUCAAGUAAAGGCCCGUGAAGACAAAAUAAACAAGCGAAUGGAGCAGAUUGAACAGUACUACGAAUUGCGAAACUGCAUUGAUGCCGCUCGGAAUAUCCUGGAGUUCAAAGAACGUCUUGGUCUUCAGGGAAAUUUUCAACUUGUAGAAGACGUGUGUAACCAGGUUUGUCAAUACGAUAGACUUAAAUUGACUCGAUUUACACCACAUUGGGUAACUUGAGGUGCUCGGGCCAUUAUAACUUUCUUUACAUGGCGUUGUCUUAACAUUUCAAUUUAAGAAUGUGAUUGUGUGCGUACCGAGUUUCUAGCCUGUUGUUAUUUUACUCAUGUCUAAUCAUGUUCAGGGACGAAGGAAAGCAAUGAGCCUAACCCAAAAAGUUUAAACUAACACUAUAUGCUCGACCCCCCCCUCGCAGUUUGAAGACAUGCAAGUGCUAUUGUAAGGUUAUUUAAAACUUCCUCUUUUUCCUUAAACAGAUGAAUAAAGAAUUCAAACAGCGACCACUUCAAAGCAUGAAUACUGCUUUACAAAACGCAGGACGAGCCCUGUCGAAAAUAACCCCUAAUCAUGUAAGAUGUCUUGCUGCGGUCAACAGAUGCCAAGAUUUUAUAUCGUGGUUGAAGGAAACAAUUAAAGGUAGAAGAGUUGCGAAAUGAGUUAUGUUUAUACGGCAAGAAUAUAUCUUAUCAGUGAAAAGAGAAAGCAAAAUCGACUUACUUUAUGUAACAGUGCUGAAACGUUCUGGCCUUCCAAUUGAUAGUCACUGUUUAAAAAUCCGUAGAGACUAACAAGCUGAGAAAGCUGCAAAGGUAUUUAAAAGAUGUCCUGAUAGGCGUUUAUGCCCUUCAAGGAUCGACUAAACACCGGAAAAAAAAUUAAUGGAGACAUGCAAAUUGUUUCGACUGGAGAUGAGUAUAUUGUACGAUUUGGUUAAUGAUUAGCAGAAUUCCGGAGUUUACAGAGUCAUGAAUUUAGGUUUUCCUAGCCUAUACCGUUAAACAUAGUAUUAAUAAGUCAUACUGCCGUAUUUGUAAACAACUGCGGCUGCUAAACUAUCAUUGUUUUAUUUUUAUCUUAGGCCCUCAAGAACUCAAGGUCCUUGUGGAUUUGGCCAUCAUCUCAGCUGGGGAGACAGACAUGGAAACGGCAAGGAUCACGUGUCUACAUACCAGCUGCCUUGGCUUUGCUCCUCUCAUCUUUGACUUGAAAUCUUCUUUUGGAUUUAAUGAUUUGAUAAAAACAUGUGAACCAGUCUGGAAUGCAGUUGAUGCAGACCCCAGUCUUCCUACAAAACUGGUAUGCCCUCUUGCUAUUUUGCGUGACGGUUUGAUGUUUCGGUUUAUAGUGUUUACAAAAUUUAAAAGGUGAGAAGAAUCACUUGAGCGUUGGUUCAGUAUAUGCUGAUAGUCCACGACCGUUUCCUAUUUAACCAUGAUGUUGACUAAUUCCUGAAAGAAGGUAAGUGGUGAGUGGAUGCGAUGACUUCUCACAGUUAUCUUUCUGCAAUAAGUAAAUAACAGAUAACUAUAGCACUUAUAUGUUUGUGCAAAACUGCCUUGAUUUACAACCCUUAAUUAAGAAUAAAUACUCUUUGUUUGACGAAUAGAAUUUCUGCUCCGUUACUAAAUCAUUAAGUAAUCUGUUUAGUAAGAGAAUAUAGAUUAAAAAAACCUCCCUUGUUUCUCCGUUGUCUUGUUAACGCCAUCGUUGACUAUUUGAAUUCCAUAUGUCACAUCUGACUUUGUCUGACUUUGUUUCAUUUGAAGAUAGACACAAGUCGUCAGUUAGAGUGGCUAAAAGGAGUGGAAAAGUCCCAUGGUUCAGUGGCAAAAUCCUCUCUAAUGGAAGCUAAAGCCAUCAAUGAACAUGGUGUAUACCGUGUUGGCUGCGUCAGUGAAGACGUCGAGAAAUCAAUAGAAACGUUAACUCUCGAUGCUGUGAUCCAGCUCAAGUUACCCGCGGAUGAGAAGAGAUUCACUCUCGACGACCUGAAAGAUUUGCAAAGUAAGCUGAUGCUCAUUGCCGCCAAAGCUUCGCAUGGUAAAGAAGACGUGGAUAGAUUUGUUGAUGUAAGUUUAUUGUCUACAUUUUAUGCAAACGGGUUGGGUUUUCCUCAUAUUAACAUUUAGAUACCAUAAGGAAGCCUUGCUCUCAGGGGUUUCGAGCACACUUUUGUCGGUGUCUAUAUAUCUUUGAGUCCUCACUAUACCAGUGUUAGAUGUCUUUGGGAUCUUACAUUUUACCUACCGAAUGUAGCAGUAACUAUAACCAAUUAUGUUUUCUGGAAUCUUUAUUAAUUAAGAGGUACAUACCUCAACUUAACUAUGGCAUUAAAGCUGCCAAAGAGCUUGUAUUGUUUUAGCUUUAGGUUUAAUUUGAAUUUCAGCAUUUUUGUUAUACUUUCCUCCACAUUCUUGUCACAAUUAUUAGUUUGUUAAUAUUCAGCCACACCUUUCUGGCUAGCUCUCUUUAUAAGUUCAGCGCUUUCCAUCUUGUAUUUCACGUUUGAUAACGGUCUUGAAAUAAGAACGGAAAUAUUACGUUUUAAGUUAGCAAGAUGUUUUUCGGAGUUGUUUUUGUAUUAUAUUUUCUUCAUUUGUCGGCGGGUAAAGGUUUUUGAAGUUUUUCUCGUUGGCAUUCACACAUCUAAAGCGUUCGUAAUGACCAUACUAACUCUUGGAUUUACUUGGUAUACAUAUUAAAGGGUAAUAUCAACGAGGCUAUGCGACUAUGAAAUCACAAAAGCAAUAAAAUCAAAGCUUUUAGCUGCUGAUUUUUUAUAGCGUAGCUAAAUAAGAUUGUCUGUCGAAUUAUACGAUUUUUUUAUAAAAAUUGAUAGAUUCUGCAAUCCGUUCAGCGACUUGCUACAGUUUACAUCGCACUUCGCAAAGCUGGAGAAGUCAGCCAUCUCAAAUGGAAAUGCGAAUUUCAGUGUACACCUCGGCUUACUACCAGCCGCUCUCUAACAGUUGAUUUGGAAGAAAAAAGCGAGCGGAUGGAGCAUUGUCUUCAACAGUGGAAAGACGAGUUGCAUGCCAAGCGUAUGUUGUGUAGUGAAUUGAAUCAUUUCACCACCCGGCAGUUGUUGGUCCUUCGAAGGGAGCUGGCCAAGGUUCAGGGAAGAGGUCCCAAGGCUGUCGAUAGCAUUCCUCUUGAGGUUUAUAACCUGUUGGAGAGUGUGUUGCCGGGCGUUGAGCCAGCCAUUCUCAAGGAAGUGCUUAUUUCUUGUGGGAUUUGCAACCAGCAAACAGGCCACAAUAUCGUUAGGUCGUAUGGCAUUACUGGCACAGUUCACCGUAGCAUUCCGCUACGCCAGCCCAGGUCGCAGUCGUCACACGUGGAGAUGUUUCAAACGCUUGUGGCAAAAUUGGAAUCGAUUGGUUACCCAGAGGCAGAGCAAAUUGCCAUAGCAGCAAUGAUAUCAUGUAAAGAGGCCAGCGAAGCAGAUCUUAUUGUUUGGUGUGUAAAGAACGCCAGCAACAAAGAUGUAAUUGAUGCCAGUUACUCAGAAGCCCUUCAUGAUCCCAGAUAUUUGGCGCUUAUCGAUAAAGACCUAGUCGCUCCUGUUGAAGAAGGAAGGUAAGCCAUAUACGGGAUGGUGAGUCUUAUUUGUGCAUAUUUCCUAAGGUUGCCCUGGGACAAAUCUUCAGGAAAGCUGAAUAUCUGCUACAGAAUUGUAAGACACGAAAUAGCGAAAUGACUACAUCAUCUUUAUCACGUCAAUCAGAAUAGACAAUUAACCUUUUUUCUCUUUUCAAUGAAUCUUGUUUUGCCAAACUCAUUCUCUUGCAGUAGUUAGAUGGGCAUUGAAAAUUCCUAGAACUGAAGCCAGCGUACAUGUUGUGCUUAAUUUUCUAACCACAAAAGGUAGUUUCUUAUGUCAAACUUGACGCAUAGUCAAACCAGGAAAACAAUAAAUGAAAACAAUUCCGGUGUUAACAAGAAUUUUCCGAUGCAGUGGCUUUAGUCUAUAGCUUCCUUAUCAGGUUUCAGCGUAAAGUUGACCCGGCAUAGUAAAUCGAACGUUCGAAAAUCGAACUCAAUCGAACUCAAUCGAACUCAAUCCGUGGAUUGAGUUCGAUUGAGUUCGGCAAUCUAACGAAAUCGAACACCACACUUUCAGUGAGUUCGAUUUCCGAACAAAUCGAAUUCAAUCGAACAAAUCGAACUCAAUCGAACUCAAUCCGUCUGAUUGUGUUCGAUUGAGUUCGGAAACCGAACUCAAUCGAACACAAUUAAAUGGAUUUCGUUCGAUUGGCUCUGGUGAACCUAUACAAAGCAAGCCCAAAGCAAGCCCGUCAAAGCAAGUUUUUCGUGCGCUUUUUUUACUAUAUCACAAACCCCAUUUAUAAACUGUCCACGGUAGUUAAGAGAAGAGAACAGAACAAACCCUGAAAACUUCGCCAUCCUUGACGUCAAAGCGGUAUUCCUGGUAGCCUUUGACUAUACAUUUGAAGCUUACGAUCCACAACGCAUCUGAAGCCAUUUCUGCGGAAUUUCUUCGUUUACGAAAAGCACGUGCGCUACACUCAGGGCUGAAGUAACUCGAGCUUCUAAGAUCUGGUAAUGGAUUUUCAACGUCUGUUUUACAUAAAUCACGAGUUCGAAAAUCAAACGUUCGAUUGGGUUCGAUUGAUUUUUUUUCUUUUCGGUGAGUUCGAUUUCGUUCGAUUGCCGAACUCAAUCGAACUCAAUCCACCGAUUGAGUUCGAUUGAGUUCGAUUGAGUUCGAUUGAAAUUUAGUUCGAUUGGGUUCGAUUUACUAUGCCGGGAGUUGAGUAACAAACAAUCGUUCAUUGGAUUUCUCGUAAUUCUUUUUUGAUUUUUAAGUCCUUCUGUGGAGGACAUGAUGAUUGAGCCAGAGGAAGUUUCACAACCUAUGGACACUGCACUUAGUCUUGACCAGACCGCGGGCGGGGAGUUCCUGAGUCUUGAUCAGCUGGGAAAAGUUCUAAGCCAGCUUGCUUCACAAGGUUUGAUUCUGGCCUUUGAUUUUUUUAAAAAAAUCUUUCAUAAUGUUUAGUUGUCAAUAAUUAUAAGAACCUGGGAAAAGUGGAAAUGGAAAGGCAAAUUACCUAUUUUCUGCAUGAGAGCAUUUCAACAUCAGCGGCUGUAAAGGACAUUCUGAAACAUCUUGGCAGUUGUUCAGAAUUAAGUUUUCGAACUUUUGUUGCCUAGCAGCAUUUUAGAAUAAAAACAUAUCUAUCCGUUGUUUGCAGGUCUCAAAAAGCGACGAAGACGUCAUCCAAAGUACUUAAAGCGCGGAAAGCCAAAUCUUGUUGUUAUUCCAAAAGGUAGAAACAUACGAGGUCCCAUGACGAGUUGGUUUAUUUUCUCACUUCCUUUUAAAUUUUCAUCUUGCAGUUUUUCCCCUUUCCUUUCUUUCUUCCCGCAUUUCGUCCUUUGAUAAUAGUCCGUUCUUGCUCAAAGAAUAUUCCGGCUUUAUUUGUGCUUUCAUGUCUGUAUUUCCAAUACAUUCGCAAUUUUAACCCCCCCUCCCAUACUGUUACUUUUCAGUGUGAGUUUGUUAUUAUUAUUGACAUUCCCAUUGCAGAUGACAUUCUAGGAACGGUGCUGUCCAUGUACAUGCAAGACACCUCACAAUCUCUGCCAAGUUCCGAAGAAGUGUUGAUAUGCUCUUCUGAUACAACGGCAGAAGAAGUAAGCGUUUUCGAUUUACAGAUGAACAGAAACAACUUUUGGUGUUGUUUAGUUCCCUUUUACUGAUAGUUUGUAUUUGCAACCUUUUUAAAGAAAUAAGCCAUUUGACACUGGGCAAAGACACAUGUCAUUCCAUCAGAACAUUCCACUCAUUGUGCUUCGGAAACUUGUUCUUGAAUUGGCCACUAGGCUUGUGUGGUAUCCUGGGCUACUCUUUCCCUGGGAGAUUCGACUUAGUUACGUGCUGACGCUUAAUGAUUUAGCGGUUGAUUACUUCUUGAAUACCCACAGUGUGACGACUUAUCACUAAUUCGUACGAGCGGGGAUGCUGGUUAUAUUCUAAUCACACUGAAACGAUUAUAAAAUAUUUUGUAACUAAUCUAGCGUAAAGCGUUACAAAAAACAGCAUUACAGUUUUACAAACUCAGGGAAAAUUACAACGGUAAAUAAAAUAAAUAAUCUAGGGUUGAAAGAGAUGCCUCGAAUGGCUCUUGCAUGGCUUAACAAACCUUAAAUAGUGUACUAGCCCACUUCAGCAGUAUUAUGCAACCUAAUAUACAUACUCUUGUGAAACUAACAAAAUGUUACAAAAUAUAUUUGUAAAGCUUAACAAUACUUUCUGUAACCGGCAAGCCAACUAGAAUUGGAAGACUCUUUCUUUUACAUUCACACUUUAAAUUCCCUUGUAGAUUGAGCUUCUUUGGCGACGGGCCCUCGGAGACCUUGAUGGACAGAUGUUCUGUUUGGUGAAUGUUGACCUUCUUGACUACACCGUUUCCCAGAAAGCUGCCGACAGCCUUGAGUUUUUACUGCAGGAGCCACAAUAUAAUCGCAGCGAUGGUAUUCAAGCUAAUGUUUUUCCUCUCUUUAGUCUUUAACCUUUACGCUAAGCACCCCUCUUGUAAUAAGUCGCUAGUCUGAGGCACAAGGCCCUCCCUACGGGAGUCGAAUCGACAAGCACUAUUAAAGUGCCAAUAUUUGGGCAAGAAUUCCAUUUGUUAAAGGAAAGUGUUGCUGUCAACGCAAUAUGCGCUAUCCUAUUGAAAUUUUAAAAAAAGCAUUCAUUAGAAUUCAUUAAGCCCUCAGUCCAGAGGCACUGAAAAUAAUUAAGUCGUCAGGGGGAAGGAAGGCUGAAAAGAUUCUCUCAUCUCUGUGCUAAGCGCCAAAAGUAUUAUGUGAACUAACGGGCAAAAUCUUUGACUGUAACUGAUAUGGACGUCGGCAUGAAACAUCUCUCACUUACCGUGUGACUGCAGUUUUCUUUGUAAGGUUCUUUUUUCUUGACGCUAAACACUUACGGAAACAAUGGAUUUCGCGAAGAAUUUAAGUACGUUUUUUUCAACGACAGAUCACCUCACACUCAUGUAAAGGGAGUUUUUGAGUGCAGGAGUUAAUAGCGCUACUUUCCUCUUGUCUUUGGCAAAGUUUUAGUGCGGUGGAUAUUUUCUUGUUUUAGGGCUAUCACUUGUGGUUAUCUGUAGCUCUGAAAAUGAAGACAGAGCUCAUAUGGCUGCAGCACUUGAUCAGCAUAGACUUGGAACUAUUCCGCAUUGUGCUGUAUCAAAAGAUAUCAGGCAAUAUCUACAGACACAAUUCAAGGUGUGCUGUCGACUACAAGGAAGGCUGCGAGAUAAGAUCCUUCAAUGGGAACCUGCUGCCAUGGUGGACAAAGAAAAGUAAGAAGACAAAGUUGCACGCUAUUUCACGUUGCAAUACACCUUUUUAGUGACUACGUUUACUGUGACUCUAAAACUAAAGCUGAGUCGAGAGACCUUUGUGCACCAGCAUUCCUGUUUAGUUUUAAUUAUCCAUUGGCCAAAACAAAUUACUAGUAAAGAUAAGGAAACCCAGUAUUGCGCUCAGUUAAACAUGAAGUAGAGAAUGUUAGCACCACCAUUAGCAGUACCAACUACGCUAUCACCACGAACAGCACAACAACCACCACAGCAGGCAAAAUCAGUGACUGCACCACCCCUCAUUAACACUAACAACACCAUAUCGACAGCAUCAGCGACUCUUCCUACCACUACCAAUAUCAUCAAAUAAAACUGCUGCCCGCUUUUUUAUCACCAACAACAUAACGCAGCCAACAGUCCCAUCAUCUACAGUGCCAAACACCACUGUUGCUAAUUUCAGCAAUAGCCGCGUCAGUAUCACCACUGCCAACACCACCUUUAACACCAUCGUUAUUAGCCUCAACCAUGAAAGUGGCAUUUGAUUGGCCACUUCCACUUCCUUUAGACCGCCACCACCUUUAACAAAACACAUUUCAAACAGGAUCAACAACAAGUGUUUUGGAACGUCUAAAUUGACCUUUGUCAAUAUGUUUUCUAUCUCUAAAAGAAACAUUUCGCUUAUCCCAUACAGGGUGUCAGUAAGGGUUGUGUCCUCAGAAAGGGCAGGUUGCGGCAAGAGCUUGGUGGUUCGGCGACUUAGUGAAAGCUUAGUUCAACUUGGAAACAAUGAUGAAGUAUUGAGUUACCUCAGAGAUAUGGAGGCAGAUGUGCCUCUGUGUAUCAGCGUCCCAAUUUAUGGACCAGCUGUCGAUCAGUGCGCCGUUGUGGAGUCCUUGUUACCGCAUAUGAUCGUGCCUGAUCUGCCACUUUCCCGGAUUUUUCACCUUGAUGUCCAUCCAUCGGUACUAAAUGCUUUGUUACAUAAUAAAAUAUUUUAGCGUACUUUAACUGAAUAAAUAGCACAUAAACGUAUUUUAAAAAGCUUGAGAUAGCUACGACCUUAAAAAUGUUUGAAAUGUACAAAACAUUUUUGAAAAGAUGUUGAAGAACUGACUCGCACCUAUCUCAACUGACCAUCCUUGUGAUGGUUGUAUUUUGACAGGUGAAGAGUGGCCUUGACGCACUUCUGUUUAAUCUCUUGAUACUUGGUGUCUUGAAAAGCAGUAGUGGACAGGUCUGGAGACGGAGAGUAUCUGAUUUGUAUGUGAUUGAGCUAACCACCGGGCCAACACAAGGGGUCAAUGAAACUGUUCAAAGGCGACCGGUACUUUCUAAGGUAAGGUUCAGUUAAUCGUUAAGCCAUCCACAUCAGAGUGACCUAAGAGAUAUUGUGGGAGCAUUUAACUUUUCUCGAGAGAAGAACCGCCUAUGCGCUUUUUAUGGCUUAUUGGACCGAUUUAAAGACUUUCUGUGCGACAACUUACGUUGAUGUCGCGUUUGCCUAUCUGUUCUUAUCUUUUAAAUAUUUCGUUUUUGUUAUGAAUCAUGCCAAGGCCUUUGCGGUUGUUUGGUCAGCCCUACUAAAAAAUGCCAUAAGACUAUUGGGUAGGAACAAGCAAAUGGCUCGUGGAAGGUUACAUGAUUUUUGUUUCACUAGUAAAGUCAUUUUUUUAAAAGCUGAAAUGAUAUGUAAACGAUGGUAGAAUAGUUUAGUGAAGGAAGGCAUUGAAUCGCUAAAUUUAUGUUUUUUCAAUAGCCUGACGUUCGAAAAGUCAAAGCAGAGCCUUUUUACAGGCUGCUUCCUACCAUUGAAUGUGAAACACCAUUGCGAACGUUGAGUCAGUUGAGGACUCAGAAAAUGGGUAAGAAAUUCUAGUUUGUAGUUACUAUUCCUUUCUGGUAGAGUUACCAUUUGUUUGAUUGAACAGGAUGUCAGUUGUGUUUCUUUCUAAUUUUAUUGUAAUUGGCAACAGUUUUCUCUAAACAUGGGGAAAGUUUGUUUGACUGAGAGAUCUGCUAGUCCCGCACGGAAAACGAUACACGACCUGGUUCAAUUUUACUAGGUUUUACUAGGUCUUCACAUGCGACCUAAAAUUGCAGAAUCAGCAGUGCCAAAGGGGCUCCGACUAUACCUUGUACAUUACACUAAUAACCCUCUAAAACCCCAAUAUUCACGUGCAAAUUUUCUAGACUGAUCAACACUCAAGGAAUUAGUUGAGAGAAUUUGUUUAAAGAUCGAAGUAUUUUUCUGGAGGUAAUUAUGUAUGGAUAUGAUGAAAGUAAACAGAUGUUAUUCACUUUGGGGUCUUAAAGGGUUAAAAAGGAAAGUAGAUAGCACAGGUAAGGUAAAAUUACAACGCGCAAAUGUCUAGUUGGAACUUGGUGACCUAAAAAAUGUCGACGAUGUUCAUGCAUGCCAUAUCUAAAACCUUUUUGCUCUUUCCUUUUAUCGCAGGUUGUGCGAAUCUCAACCCUCUGUUCGACAAUGCUGAAUUUCAAAGCUCAUAUGUUCAGCGGGCGUUUCAGUAUCUCAACUUUUGGGAGUCAGCAAGAGAGAACCUGAAUCAAUUCUGGUUUAUUCCAAGUCAGGUGAUGGGUGACCAUGCAGAUUGUAUAGACACGCUCGUAAGGUACAUUGUAUUUAAGAGCAUGAGGAGAUGGGGGAGAUUAAAAAAUUACUCUUUUCACUAAACAAGAGUUACUCUUAGCUGAUACUCUAAAGCCUUGUUCGCGCUAUAAGACUCUAGCAACAAAGAAAAAACAAUCAUUUGGUAAAGUUUUGUUUCCUUAUUCAGUUUUAGUUGUAACUUUUUUAUCGAGAUGGAAUGAACAGGUACAAUCGGCGACAAGUAGUUGAGACACCGCCUUAAAGGGCCUUUCUGACGUUUUUUUGUCGCCGAUUUUAUAUUGGCAUUGAAGGGAGGAGGAGUUGGUUAUCGUUUAUGCACUUGUUUCAGAAAUUGUGGCGUUGUGGACCCGUCAUGGGCUGAACUCCGUCAUUUUGUGAACUUCCUCAACUCUCAGCUCCAAGCUUGUGAAGACAGUGCGUUUUGUAACAUGGAACUUGUUGGAGACACCCUUGAAGGCUUUAGAAGCUUUGUGGUCCAAUUCAUGAUCCUUAUGUCACGGGUAAGAAAUAUGGAAAAGGUGCGAUCGCGCAACAAAUUGGGCACAAUUGCCAAACACCAAAUGCUACCCUUGGAGGAAGUACUUGAAUUCCCAUGGGUGGUGGGCGCCAUCUGUGUGUUAUGCAAUGAAUUAUUAUUCGACAUGGCUGUUAACUAGAUUCCCGAUCUUGUCCUUGUUUUAAUGAUUUCUGGUACACUUUUGGCGCUUUUUGACCUAUGUUUGGCGUGGGUUUAUUUUGGACCAAAAAUGUUCUUUUCUGGAAAAUCAAUAUAAAAUCUUGACGCUGUUCCAAAAUGAUGCAUUAAGACGGUGGUCAAACCCUUGUAGUGAUUAGUAUGUAAUGGAUGGAAAAGUCAGCAAUCGAACCAUUUAAAUAGAAACAACUCCAAACCACCUUAGCGAUCGCGGCGUUAAUGAUCAACAGAAUUUUUGAACCCAAGAACUCACACAUUAUUGCUGUUCCUAUUGUACUGAUAUUUUUUCUUUACGUUUGUAACUGAGAAAUUCCUGCUCAUGUGAAACUUCCCUUUUUUGAAGGAUUUUGCUACGCCAUCUCUGAACUGCUGUGAUAGACCUGCUCAAGCCCGUGUUGAACGCGAUGACGAUAUUGCCGAUGAUGACGAAGAAGACACGGCUGUUCUUCAGUUGUCUUUAAGAAGACACUGGGAAACCAGGUAUGAUGUCACGCCACAGUCUUCCAUUUUUGUAGUAUUACAGUACUAAAGGUAAUAUCCACUAAAUGGGAGUCGCUUAAUUCUUAGAAUUCGAUUUUUCUGUACAAAAUUCUACAGUACUUCCUCAACGUAAACUGUUUAAACAAUUUCCACGUAAAUUUUUAUUUCACUGGUUAAAUUUGUGUGAUUGUCAUUCAGAGAGUAAGUCGAUGUUUUCAUUUAGACGUAUAGUAAUUUUUGAUGAUGACGGUUAAAACCAUAAACAAUUUAGAUUCUCCGAUUUUUGUAAACGUAACUCUUUCUUUUAUAUUUUUUCGUUUGUUUUUUUAAUGGAUUGUAUUUGUUCAACAGUUCACAUCCCUACAUAUUCUUCAAUCAAGAUCGCGUUACCAUGACGUUUGUUGGGUUCCAUAUUGACCAGAAUGGCAAUUUAAUUGAUCCAGACCGCCGUGUUAUCAUCCAGCCUAAUUUGAUGUCAAGGCACUUGCGUACUGGUCUUUUCGUCCAGAAGGUUGACAUGGAAACCAAUUACGAAUCUUGGAGCAAGUAUGAAAUAUAAAUCUUUAUUUGACAUGAUCUUUAAAGAUUUUGAUGAGUCUGUAACAAGAUGUCAUGAGUUUAAUGCACUAUUUGUUUGUUGCGCUUAGGGGAGAGAAAAUCGAGAAGCUUUGUGGAGUGAUGGGUGUUGAGUGGCCCUAUGAUCCGGAUGAUUCUUACGAACUCACCACGGAUAACUUGAAGAAAAUUCUGGCCAUCCACAUGCGCUUCAGGUAAGUGAAAUCAUUUAAAUGAGUGAUGAAAACUAUGACGAGUGAUGAAAAAAGUCGGAGAAACGUGACACUCGUGAAGCGCGAAUUACAAGCACCAAACCCUCAUUUAACCUCAGUAAGCCUCAGGUAACCAUAACAGUAACAUUGGAAAGCCCGUAUUUACGGAUUCCAUCAAAAACGUACCCGGCCACCAAAAUUUUGUCUUAACCUCUCCUCCUUCUCAACGACGCAAUUUUAUGGUCUUUUCCUUCCCACUACCACUGCUGUAAUUCUUUAGUUUUCUGGUUCCUUUUCCAUCCAACUGUCACAGUUAUGUUGUCUUCCCUCUUUCUCCUCCUCCUCCUCCUCCACCACCACCAACGUGGUUUUGUUUUCGUCCUCCUUUCUCCACCACUCCGCAACGGUUAUGUUGUCUUCUCUUCCCCAUUGUAUGUCGUCCUUUCUUCUUCGCCACACACCGCCUCGGCUGUGUUCUCUUCACUUCCCUACAACCGUCACCACCACAAUGUUAUUGUCGUCCUUUCUCCUCCAACACACUGUCAAGGUUAUGCUGUCUUCUCCUCUCGAUCAUUACAAGCACAAUUUCUGUCGUCGCCCUUCCUUUCCUCCCACACAGCCCCGACUUUGUUGUCUUCCGUCCUCCACCAUCCCGCCACGAUCAUGUUUUUCCCGUCUUUCACCACCAUCAUAGUUUUAAAGUUGUCCUUCCUUCUCCACCACACCGGCAUGAUUAAGGUAUCUUUCCUCCUCCUUAACCACCUUCACCUCCACUUCACCACCACCACCACCAAAAUUUUAUUGUCGACCGUCCCUGGCCGCCAAACCGCCACGAUUAUGUUGUCUUCCCUCCUCAUCUUACACCACCACCAGCACAAUUUUGCUGUCGCACUUCAUCACUCCACCACUCCGCCAAAGCUGUGUUGUCUUCACUUCUCUACGAUCAUCAUCACCACGCUUUGAGUGUCGUCCUUCCAACUCCCCUACACCUCCAUGGUUAUGUUGUCUUCCCUCCUCCACCAUCGCCAUCGCCCCCACAAUUUUUUGGUCGUCCUCUCUCCACACCAGGAGGGUAAUGUUGUUUUCCCGCUCCUUCACCGAUGCCACCACAAUUGUAUUGUCGUCCUUUCUUGUCCACCACUCUACCACAGUUAUAUUAUCUUUCCUCCUCCGCCACCUCCACCACAACUUUAUUGUCGUCUUUCCCUCUUUACCGCACCGCCGCGGUUAUCUUGUCUAGCCUCCUCCACCACACCGUUUCGACUAUGUUGUCUUAUUUUCUCCACCCAAAUUACUCCAAAACUCCCGCUUGGGCGCUGUUAACCCGGUAACAGUUUUGGCCAAAGUCUUAAUAUACUAUGUUUUUUUACUUUUACACUGAUACAUUUGAAGAUGUGGCAUUCCUGUGGUCAUAAUGGGCGAGACAGGUUGUGGAAAAACCUGCCUUAUUCGGUACAUGUGUGGUUUACAAUCAGGACCCGGAGGACCCAAGAACAUGUUGCUCAUGAAGGUAAGAAACUAUUAACUAUCGUAAUUAUCAUUUAUUCGCUAUAAAAUCCCUUCUUUAUUAUCAUAAAAACAUGUUCUCAUUGAGAAAUAAUCAUCGAGCCGAUUACCUUUUUAUUCAUUUCGCAUUUAGUGUUCAUUAUCUAGCUCUUGGUGCUUUGGGAAGUAAAACGUUCGAUAAAGAGUCAGUAAUUCGCGUCUUAUCUUGCCUUAACAGGUUCACGGAGGAACAUCCCAUAAAGACAUUGAGAAGAAAGUGGAGGAGGCUGAGCAGAUGGCCAGAAGGAACGAAAGCCUUGGCAUUGAUACGGUGUUGUUCUUUGAUGAGGCCAACACAACAGAUGCUCUAGGGAUGAUCAAAGAGGUUAUGGUUGAUCGCAGAGUCAACGGUAGAAAAAUUGGAGUUGGGCUUAAAAGAUUGCAAUUCAUUGCAGCAUGUAAUCCUUACAGGAAGUAAGCACACUUCUACCUAGCCAGUCGAUGCUCUCUUUAAGCAAAGAUACGUGCUAUUGACACAUUUGUUUUUCUUACAGACACACGGAAGAAAUGAUCCAUAAACUGGAAUCAGCUGGCCUGGGUUACCAUGUUGCAACUCAAGAAACACAUGAUCGGCUUGGUAAGACAUAGGCUUCUAGGACAGUUGUGAGCAUUCCGUUUGCGGCAUGUUUUAAAAUAUGUAGCAGACGCUAUUUUAACUUAAUCUGUCUGAAGUCUGAAGAAAAAUAGAUAUAAAAAGUAUCUUUUUCUAAUAGAAAAAGCCUAUUACAUCAAACUUACGUCAGAGUCAGUGUGUUACAAAAUGGGAGAAAGCAGAUCGGUUUUGUGUCCAAGUGAAAUAAAUUUGGAUUUCAUGUACAGACUGAAAUGCUCUAGGGAUCUUUAGUUUGACUCCCUUAUUUAGUUUCAGACAAGAAAAGUUAAUUUGCUUUGUUUUGAUGCUAGGGCGCAUUCCCCUCCGUCACCUGGUCUACAGAGUCCAUUCUCUGCCAGAGAGCAUGCGUCCUUUGGUCUGGGACUUUGGCCAACUGAAACCUGAGAUCGAGGAGCUCUAUACGCGUCAAAUUGUCAGCAGAUUUGUAAGUGGACGUAUAAUCGUGCGACACAUAACGCUCUUGGAGUGUGUUAGCAAAUAAAUUAUUUGCCUUUGUGUCCUAUAACGUUUUUCCUGCCGUUUUUUUGACAUAGGAAUUCUAGCCUGAGAAAACAGCCGACUUUUCGUGAGGCCAUCACUGGUUUCCCCGCAAACUGACAACUAAGGAGCAAUUGCAGAAAUUCCAUAUUGACGACGUGUCGCUACCCAGAUCUAAGUAGUGCUCUUGAUUGGUUGUAGCAAAUUUCCCUCGCAGUACGACCCAGAUAUGGGUAGCGACACGUUAUCAUUAUGGGAUUUCUGCGCUCGUUUCUCAGACAACCAUUUCGUGCGGAAACUAGCGAUGAAGUCGCGAAAUGUCGCGACUGAUUUCUCUUUCUAUAGCAAUUUAUACAUUCCAUAGAAGAGUCGAUUUUUAAGCAGCAGUCCAUGAAAACGUCUCAGUUAUCAGUUGUCGCUGUCAACAUGAACAUCGCCGAGGUAUUUUACAGUGUAACUUAUUUCAUAUUUGUGCUACUGAAUAGUACCCUUGAUAUGGUGUUCUAUUUUCACACAAGGUCCUUCAAGAAAAACAGAUUCCAGGCGACAAUCCUUUAGUCACAGCUCUGACGAGAGUGCUAACUGCUUCUCAGCGUUACAUGAGAGAUCAGACGGUAAAAAAUAGUGGUUUUGUUUUGUUGUGUGUGCAUGUGCUUUUCCGUUUUGUAUGAACUUAGCAAAAAAAUUUACAGUACUUUUUAUAUAUAACAAGACUGCCAGUGUAAGAAUUCUUGUUUGACUGUAGUAUUUUUUUUUUGUUUACUGAUAAUUGUCCAUUUUACAGUUACAGGCGGAAACGAGGCUGGAGUUGACCUUGUUUUUAUCAUGUUUUUCUCAAGCGAACGAGUAUUUUUAAGCAUAAUUUCCAUAAGAAAAGGAGGGAGGUUUGUAUUAAAACAAGGUCUACCUCGGCCUCACUUUCAUUCAAAGGCUAGAAUACUAAGCUCACAACUGUAGAAUGGUCUAUUUGUCUUUCUUGGUUUUAAAUUGAUGGCUUUCUCCAACGGCACCUUAUUUUAUUUCUCAAAUUACAUCUGAUCUCAAUGUAUUGUACUACUUUAUGCCCUUUCCAUCCACGCCAGUAAGAACUCUGGAGGAAAAUUUUUGUCUCGCAACACUCACUUUUGUAGGAUGAGUGUAGCUUUGUGAGCCUUCGAGAUGUGGAACGUGCAAUGAGAGUGAUGGUCUGGUUCUACAAUCAUCGCGAUGCUCUUAAUCCUCUAAUGGAUGAAGAACUUGAGGAGGAAGAUGAGGAAAGUGAAGACGAAAAUGAGAUCAUUGAUGAUGAGGAGGAAGAUGAACAGGAUGAUUUGGAGAAGGUAAAUGGGAUUUGUCCUUUGAAGACAAAUAGACAGAGUAGACAUACUAAAUAAGCAUACUCUAAGUAUAUUCUUGAGAGACGUAAUGGAAUAAUAAUAAAAAGUUUUACUCAUUUGAGAAUAUAUUUUUCAUUACCUGAGGCACACUUUCGGUGUAGAAAAAUGUGUUUUUCAGAAUGGCAUGACUCUGCACUUGUCACAAAUAUCCCCCUCAACUUUCUUUGUAGCCCAUUGAUGACGUCUCACGUGCCCUAGUGCUUUCAAUUGGAGUGUGUUACCAUGCAAGACUGCAGGAAAGAGAACCUUAUCGGCGUGCUGUGGCUCCUAGCUUUUCCACUCCUUGCCAACUACCAGGUGGACAUGAGCGAAUUUUGCAGGAAAUUACAAGGUAGACGUUCUGGUAAAAGCACACUAGCUAUUUAUUAUUUUAAAGCCAUGACUUCUGUCACACCAGAUGAUACAAGGUCGUUACACCCAAAGGGGAUACAUUUACGAUAGGCUGCGGUGUCUCCAGCAGUUUGUAGUAGCUUUAGGGUAUACAUUUUUCAGUGGUAUCUUGAGGGAUUCUUAGACAUGAAUACAUAGAGAAAUCUUGUAAGAAAAGCUAGAAAUAAAUACGGGAACUUUGCUAGCAAAAGGGUUACAAAAUAGAUUAGGUUGGCGUUUUCUCGCUGUUAAUGUUUUAAUGAUUUUAUGACUGCAUGGUUAUACUUGGUUCACUGUUCUUCUUUUCUCGUCAUCAGAUGCCAAAAAGCAGUGUUGAACGAGCUAGAACUGGGUCAUAAUAUCGCACGUAACACAGCACUGAGUGAGAACGUGUUUAUGAUGGUGGUGUGCAUUGAACUCAGGAUUCCGUUGUUUGUGGUUGGUAAACCAGGCAGCUCUAAAUCUUUAGCCAAGACCGUUGUGGCUGGUAACAUGGAAGGAGAUGCUUCAAGAUCUGACCUGUUCAAGACCUUUAAGCAGGUGAAGCCAAUGUGCUGAAAAGACGAUUACGAAUUUUUGUUAUUAUAUUGCAAUUAUUAGAAUCUAUCGAACAAAUGUGAUAGAGUGGUUAGUAUCUUUUAAGAGAACAAAAAAGAUGAGGAGAGAAAAGGUCACCGCAGGACUAUUUUGCUUAAUGUCCUCUUCGUUUGAGUUAAUCACAGUAUUGUGUUGUGUUGGAUUGUAUUGUUUUGAAUUGAAUUGUAUUGUAUUUUUGUUCGUUUUCGUCAUGUUCUUAGGUUUGUUAUUUAUGUAUGCUAAUUUCGUGUUCAACAAGGUUCAUAUGGUGUCCUAUCAGUGCAGCCCUCUCUCAACUGCUGAAGGGAUCGUUGCGACUUUCCGGCAAUGCGGAAAGCUCCAGAAAGGCAAAAACCUAGACAAGUUCGUGUCAGUUGUGGUCUUAGAUGAAGUUGGCCUGGCUGAAGACUCGCCUCUAAUGCCUCUCAAAACGCUCCAUCCACUGCUGGAGGAUGGCUUUAGCUCCACUGAUGACAUCAUAGAGGUGGAAGAACAGUUUCCUCAAAGAGUGGCCUUUGUUGGAAUAUCCAACUGGGCCCUUGAUCCUGCAAAGAUGAAUCGCGGUAUCAUGCUCUCUCGAGGGCUUCCAGACACAGAGGAACUGGUGGAAAGUGCAAUGUAAGGUCUCCUCUGGUUUGGGACUAAGAAUGGUAUUCAUAAGUAAAGGAAGGCGCACUAAAGUGCUCCCUUUAGUUUCACGAAACAAUUAAUAAAUGUCCCUGACAAUGCCCCUAACCCUGCGAACAACAGGAGCUCCUGGUUAUAGGGACCAAUAAAGAUAGAGACCUAGGAGAGAUGCAGACCAGACUAAACACGUUUUAUCAGAUACACAAAAUAGGACCAUUUCCUUGUUACUGAUCUUUUCAUACGAAAUGUCCCACUACAUAAAAAUUGACUAUCAGCUGAAUGUUGACUUAAUUGAAAGCCGACCGAUUUGGUUCAAGGUUAAUGAGGUUAAAGUAUAUUUUGUAAAGGUUUGAUUAAAAAAUAUACGGCUCGUCAAGGAUGGGUGGAAGAAAAUGUUUCCAUCUUAAUUUGAUGUAGUUGUAAUGGACUAGUUUAACGAGCCUGAUCCAUCUUCUUUACGUUACUUAGGGGCAUAUGUGCAACUGAUCCAAGAGUACAAAACUUUGUUGCUCCACUUAUGAAUCCACUGGCCCAGGGUUACAGUGAGUUAUACGAUACACAGAAACGGUCGGAAGCUCUUCGGGAGUCUAAAAAGGAGGAGUUCUUUGGUCUUCGUGAUUUCUACAGGUAGGGAUGUACAAGUGCAGUAUAACGUUUUCCAGCUUAUUUUAAGCGGUCGGAAAUAACACUGCUCUUCCAUUAGUCAGUCUAUUGUUCACUUAUGUCCAAAAAUGCUCGCAAUGGCGAAUCUGGCGAAAAAGCGCUUUAGCGAAUUUUGUGCCAAAUUCGCAAUUUUCGUCAAAAUCGCCUUUUUCAAGGGCCGCUUUGCCAUCCCACCUGACUUGAAAUAACACUUUGGCUAAUUGCCAUAUUGGCAAUUUUCCUCAUAAUCGCCUCUUUCAAAGGGGCCCUUUGCCAUCUCAUUUGAAUUCUUGCUGACUUUGACGAAUUUUCGCCAUAUUCGCGAUUUUCGUCAGAAUCGUCUCUUUUAAAGGGGCCCUUUGCCAUCUCAUUUGAAUUCUUGCUGACUUUGACGAAUUUUCGCCAUAUUCUCUAUUUUCUUCAAAUUGGCCAUUAUUGUCAAAAUCGCUACUUUGGACGGAGCCCCUUUGCCAUAUCAUUUGACUUGUUCAUAGCACUAGGACGAAUUUUCGCCAUUUUCACAGUUUUCGCCAAAUUUGCCAUUUUCGUAAAAAUCGCCACUCCCAAAGUAGACCCUUGAUCAUUUCAUUUCAUUCGCUCCAAAGGCUUUGGCGAAGUUUCGUCAAAAUCGCCAUUUUCCAAUUUUUUUUUUUUUUUUUUUUAUCGCCAGUGUCUGGAUCAGCUUAUACAGCUAUAUAUCAGCUAAACUCAUACAGGUUCAUUGAAAAAACCAACUGUUCUUUGUCUGUGAUCUUAAAUGUCAACCUUUCUUAAAGCGAGGCCAAUUGCUAGGUCUUUCGUACGGAAAUUGACUCAUUUUCCCUGCAACAUUUUACACUUGGCGGUAUUUCGAAACGAAACUAAAGUCCUUUGGAGCUCGCAUUUCUUUCGUGCAGUGGUUAGUUGUCAAAAAUUUAAUUUUUUUUUCUCAGUCUGACAGUUUUCAAACCCGUUGGAUAUUUUAUCUCUGAUCAUGGUUAUAGCGUAGAAAAUUCGAAAUUAAGCUGGGUUAACAAUGUUCAGAUUAACACGAGCUAAAAUCAGGACGUUAAUUUUCACAUAAAAAGAGCGUCGGUUGAAUCUUUAUUUUCCCUCACAUUGAAUUUUAGCUUGGUAAAGAUGGUGUACAAAACAGCUGAGGAGCAUGGACGAGAGCCACGUUGGCCAGAAAUUGAACGAGCCAUCAGAAGGAAUUUCGGGGGACUGGAUGAGAUUGACCCAGUGAAAAUCUUCAAGGAACACGUUCCUUUUAGCAGAAACGAAAUGGUAGGAGUGUUGAAUAAUUUGUUAAUUUGUUCUAUAGUUACCUCUGCUAUUCGUCCACGGUAUUUCAGAGCUAGGCAGGCGGUCCACACAGGUCCUUCGAAAGCUUUUCAGGUCAGGUUGGGCCGGCAUUCUGUCCGCAAAUAAGUACAGCUGUCAAUUACGUCAGUUUGUAAUCGGGGGUUAGCACGGUAUGUCUUUUAAGGCAAGUUGUAUUUCAAAGGGCUUUUUUGGAUUCUUAAAAUGGACAGAAGGUUACUGGGGUGUAAAUGUACAUUUCAUUGGAAAGGCUACACUAGUAAUACUGGGCAUCUAAAUCCAACGUUUCCGAAACUAUACAGAGAUUUCUCCAGUAUUUUUUUUGUGAUUCAUUGCGUUCUUACUCAUUUUCUAGAAGAAGCAAAAUAAAGAUGCAUUCUCUGCAGUGAACCUUAUCAAAGCCAGCCUCGAACGCGAAAUCUCCGGAGGGUAAGAGAGUCAACAAGAUAAAUUGACCCACUCUGCUUAUCAUUUACGGACAAACGCCAGAAAUAGGCAACUUUUUGAUGAAAUUUAUUUCCACUAGACAUUUGCUAUGUUUUCAUUUUAAUAGAGAGAGUCGAUACUUGUUGGUGCUAACAGAGAACUAUGCAGCCUUGCCUAUUGUUCAGCAGGAACUGCACAAAAAAGGGGAACAACCUGUCGUAAUUUUCGGCAGCAGCUUCCCCAAGGACCAAGAAUACACUCAGGUACUAACAGCUGUAUUAAAAAGUAAUUAAAAGUGUUGUUACUCGUGAGAUGGAUGUUUUGUAAAUUAGACUGUUUCAGUAACAAGACGUGCUUUCUCCUCCACAGAGUAAAAAAUAGUAAGUGCGCGGUAAGCCCUUUCGUAUCUUCCUUCGCGCGCUUUCUUUUAUUUCUCCUCCGGUCGCUGUAAGACACGAAGAGGCCUCUGUGGAAGAGAGAGAAGAGAUAGCAUCGUUGGAGAAAUCAAUAUUUUGUGGCAAUGGCAUGCAUUUUACUUUACACCCCAUAAAAACAACCUCUUUCAGUUAACCAACCAUUUACCUCCCUGGAACCAACUGACCUUAACCAACUACAGUUGAACCUUCACUUGGGGACUGAGGACAGUCUACUAGCUGGUGAUUAUGGAGACUAAAAAAGAGUUGGUUUUAAGAUAGCUUGCUGCCGUUUUAAGAAGAAAAAUAUCGUCAUGUUAAAGUCAUCAGUUUCUUCUUGAAACUGUCAUCCCAUGAUCGUUUGACUUCUAUUAGGUAUAAUUGCGAUCUAUGGAACGCUAUGUUGGGUUGUCGUCUCAUGUUUCAGGUCUGCCGUGACAUAAAUCGAAUUAAAGUGUGCAUGGAAACGGGAAGAACUGUAAUUCUUUUGAACUUGGAGAGCCUCUAUGAAAGUCUGUAUGACGCACUAAACCAGGUAUAAGUUGCUGGUAAUGUUAUGUACACAACGUUCAGUAUAACUACAAGUCAUUCGUUACAAUGUCCUAUUCGUGUUAUUACUUAACAUUUAAACUCUUUAAGUCGAUCACUCCAUAAAUAAAUCCUCAAAUAGAUACACACAUUUCUUGGCGUAAAUCCACCUUUAUCGACUACCUUUAUGACGGCGUUGACGUUUGCGAAUUUUUUUUUUUCAAUCUGCAUUACCAGUACUAUGUGUAUUUUGGAGGACAGAAAUAUGUGGAUCUUGGCCUUGGAAGUCACCGUGUAAAAUGUCGCGUCCACGAUGAAUUCAGGUAAAACGUCCUUAGACAGUACUUUCAGCCCGUGAAUCUCACCUGUUAAUACUUAAUUGCAAUUCCUUUCCAUUGCCACACCAACGAUACAUAAAAAUUGCGUUUAUGUCGUUUAGAUGUUAAAAAUUCGAUUCAACCGCUGCAAAUGCAGGCCGCAAGUUUUCGCUGGAAGAAUUCAAGUCGUUUCAUUACCGUCCUUUGUAACAAAGGUGCUUGGAUAUCUAAAAGCUUCAUUUUUGAACAAUGUGGUUUACGCGAUGUGGUCUGGUCAUUCUGCUUUAAGUAACGUUUACCAAUUCAUUAUCUGUCCAAACAGAUUGAUUGUCAUUGCUGAGAAAAAUGUUGUGUACAGUAAGUUUCCGAUUCCUCUCAUUAAUCGCUUGGAGAAACAUUACCUCGUGACUUCAGCAAGUCUCAGUUCUCCACAAAAACUUCUGGUGGACAAGUUGCAGGAAUGGGUAACAAGGUUUUCUCAUGUCAACAUCCCUCGUCACCGGCAAUUAAGGUAAAGACAGAAGGUCAGCAGAAUUUUGUUAGUGCUUGUGAGGUCCAAAAGGCAGGUUUGCGGAGAGAAAGAAAGAAGGAGAAGAAAAAAAAGCAAUGGUUGUACUCUUAGUUUUAACUUGGCUACUUUUAAAAACUGCUUGAUGGGAGUGGUCUAUUUGGCGUUAACGUUUUCAAAAAUCCCUUAAGAUAUAUAUGUAUGUGCAUGUGGUAAGAAACAAAUUUGUAGACGGCCAAAAAAACACUUCAAGGAAGGAAACACGUACUCGUCCCCUAACAAAAUACCCUUUGGAUACACUGUGUUGAACUAGUACUGAUGUUUAUUCAUUUCCGACGUUUGUGAUGUAAUUUUGUUUCUCACAGGAAGUACUCGCCUGGUGACGCAUUUAUUGGUUAUCAUGCUGACACAGCAGCUUCCGUCGUACUGCAAGUAACCAGCAACAUUGAAGAAAGCGAGUUCAGUGAUGGACAUUCGCAAGACAAGGUAUAGUGGGACGUAAUUUGGAUGAAUUUGACCUAUCUCGCCCUUUUAGGUAGCUCAUUAGUUUCUGGCACCGUAUUAAAGUUAAGUUUCCUUCCAAUCGUCUUUUGUUCAUCUUAGCCGUUCAAUGAAUCUGAUCUGGUGUGAAGAAUGAUCGUUUCUCCGUUUUCCAAAAGCACACCGCUUUUCUUUAUAUCCUCUUUACCACUCUUUCUGUUAGCAAAGUGUGAUAAAAUUAUUGAUGAACCCAUAGAGUCACAUGCUUUUUCGUGAAAGAGGUGGAAAUACACCUUCAUAACUAGGAAAGUCAGUAUUCACUCACCUUAUUUGCAUGAUAGAUUAACAUUCGCUUGCCUUUCAGGUCUUCCAGGAAUCGAAAGAAUUGUUGUUACAAUGUGCGACGCCUGACGCUGUUGCACGUCUUCCAUCAACAGACCUUGCUCAGGAAGCAGACGAGCUCUGGGCAAAUUACUUUACAGUACAGGAACAUUCGAGUCUUACAGCUUUUCUACGAAAUGUGUUGACAACAGAGGGAGGGAAUUCUGGAAAGGGAAGCUUAAUUCAGGUGAGCUCUGAUUUGAUCUCAUGUAGUAAUUAUUGAUAACAUGUAAUAAUUAUGAAAUAAUGUUGAAAUUGGAUUUAAUGAGGUUGUUAAUUGUCAUAACCACUUUGACCUCUGUGUAGUGCUUGAGCUAACCUUAUUCUCCUUCCAGGUGACAACUCAUUCCAGAUUGCUGUCGUCAAAUGAUUUGCAAGACAUAGCACGUGCAACAUCUCUAACCUUGCCACAUGUAACAUGUCUGAGUUUGCAGCAGUUCCACACGGAACAACAGUUUUGCUCAUCUGUGAGGUAUACAAAAUUAAUUGGACUUGUUACCUACUAUAGCAUUUCUGAACGUUAGUUUUGAUCCUUUAAGUAAAUACGAAGUGAGCUAAUUUGCAGGGUCGAGGGGGGCAGAGGGUGUUUGUGAAAUGAGCAUUAUUUUUCCAUAUCCCACCUCAACAGAGGUGAGUUAGCUUUGCGUUCUCGAGAUACUUUCGACGUCCAAUAUCACAGGUACUUUCUUGACAACUCCAAAAAAAUGUGCCUUCUUUUGACCAAUUAAACGAAAUAGAUUAAGAGCGAUUUGCCGUUUUUGAAGCCUUUGCCCUCGUGGUUGCUUAACUGUUAAGCUCCCUAACAUUAGUCAGGGGUAGUGUCUAUUAUUGCAUAGUAUCACAUUGUGAUUUCCUAGGGAUUUCUUUGCAAAACUUGGUGGAAGGGAAGGACUGCUUAUCGUGCAAUGCGAUGCUGGAGACGUCAAUCGUAAUUUGAUACCUUGUGCCCGACACCUUCUCGUGGAACAAAGGACAACUGCAGAAGAAGAUUUCAAAGAAAAUGUUGGGCAUGACCUUUCAUCAUUUGUGCAUGUAGUUAUGAUUAUUCAACUUCCUCGUCUUGUCGGAGGCUGUGAAGCAUUUGCUGGUUUCCAGGGAGGAAGUUGGCUAUCUGUUCACAUUGACGAGCUUCGACCACCAACUGGUCACAUCCCAGCCAUUCAAUUCAUGGUGGAUCGGUCAGUGAGUGAGUUAUUUGAUGUUGCACCAAGCAGCACACGGGUGGCCAAAAUGGACGUUGAGGCAGCGAGAGAUGACAUGGAAGUCGACGAACAGCGUGAAGAAGGCGUUGACAUUGAAAUGGAAGCCUCCGAUCUACCUUCUGGUGAUGUCAUCGUGGAUAGAGUAGACAUAGUCAGCCUUUUGAGAAGCUGUGUUCAAGCAGCUGUUGCAAGGAUUGAUGAGGAAUCAUGGCGUUCAUCACGAUCAACACGGCGAAUUGAGCUUAUGUUGAGUCUUCUUCCAGAUGGUAGAUCGGAUGGAACUGGUAAGAGUAGCGCUCAUUUGAUUUUAAUUACUUCCUAGUUAUGAUUGUCUCAAGUCUUGCAACAUUAUGUUAAGUCAGUGAGCUUCUGGCAAAGUAUGAAACAGGGUAACAUCAUUGUGAUUCCUUGUGCUUUAUUCACACCAACUAAACAUGUUUAAUUAAACCAGGUUUUAAAAAAUUAAAAACAGCCACGGAAAACUAGAACAGAUGUUUUUUACACGGGAUUCAAAUGGAAUUUAAUAUGUUUUCUAAUUUACACUAAAUUUGCAAUCAUCUCAAGUCAGCAAGCACUUUUAUGAAGGAGACAAUUUUUUAAACCGUGUUUAACUAAACAGCUUCACUUUUAAACAUGUUUAAGCUUGGUGUGAAUGCCUAUUUCCAAAAAAUAUUCAUACCCCCCCCCUUCCCACGGAGGGCACUUUUGUUUUAGACCCCCCAACCCCCGCAAUUUCCAUUCCAGGGGGUGCUUGUCAUACAUCCCCACCACCCCCUGGAAUUUCCGAAAUUUUCCAACUUGGUUGGGUACCCCCUGGAAAGACUAGAGACCUUAAGAUACCCCGAAAUCGGUGUACGGGUAACGGAUAGCGCCAUGUUUUUUUCAUUUUGUGGUGACGUCAUCGACCUUACCCGCUAGAACCAGCCGUUUUUCCGGGGUAGACGCCAGUUUACCCGUAGAAGAUUUACGAGUAGCUGCAAGUCCUACAUGAUGGAGAAACGAGUAAGUUUUUAAGACUUUUUAAGUACAAAUGUAAAUUAUAUGACUCCUUGGCAAUGUUAUUGCAAGUCUGUUCAAAUAUUUUUGCCAAAUUUGAAUUUUAGCUGUAAAGAAAGCGCUUCAAAAUGUAUUGAUUUUGGACCUCAAAUGCGCAGGUUGAACUCUGAAACGAUAUCAAUUUGUGGCGGUAUUUGGGGGGAUUUUUGAGAAUUGCUCGAACGUUUGAGUUUCGCAAAAGAAAUAGCAUUGAAAAAUUUAGCAUGGGAGUCACUGUCAAGUUGACAAUCAAAGGAAUUGUUUGGUGAUGUGCCUCGAUCAAAUGGCGGGGUUUGCGAUAACAAGCUUUCGGUCGAGGGACUCCCCGCCAAGUUUCUUAAAAUCUUUCUAUGAUAUUUCAAUAAGCUUAUGUAUGAAUGAAUUAUUUGUUGCAGCUUGUUGUUAGGAUUUGAGGGAGAUUUUGUAUGCAUUAAGCGACAUGCAUGUACAAAGUUAAUUUUGCGUGCUUGUUCUUCGGGUAUCUUAAUCGAAAUAGUCACGCACAUGAACAUUUUACGUGUACGGGUACACUACCCGUACCCGUACACCGAUAUCGGGGUAUCUUAAGGUCUCUAUUAUUUCCGUCAAAAAUGCCGUUGCACCAUACUUUUAUGCUAAAGAUAAGUGUUUUGGCGUAUAAGAGAGAAAAAAUCUGUUUAUUUAUGUUAAUAAAGUUUCAAAGUAAUGUCAAUUUUGGCUCCUAGAGGUCUUUUUAGUUAAUUGUUAACGGUAAGUUACGGAGAACCAUGGUGCCGUUUUUGCCGUAAACGACAUAAUGAUGCCAUCUCUCAAACCAGUGAACUUCAAUUACUUCUUUUUAGUUAAAAACAUGUUAGAAGAAGGCUUAUUUGAACUUGACCACAUGGCAUUGAAUACAACAAUAUAUUGUGACAAAGCAACAGAUAGAUGACCGGAAGUUUAUUAAUGAGCCGACGGCAAUCGUGUUAGAUAAACUAUCGUGCUAGCCGUGAAAAAAGCACUCAGCCGACCGCAAAUAAAAGAUCAUCGAUGAAAACAAUAAUUUUUGCUUUGAAACACCGAUAAACGGAAAAAUAACCAGUCAUGUCCAAUACUGUCGACAUGAUACGAGUGAGAAAAUACUUUUCACAACUUGUUAAGCGCACAAGUUGUCACGACUUGACAUGCAGAGUUUUCGAGUCGAAAAUGCAUAUCAUUAAUUGACUAGGGACGGCAUCUAAGUUGUCAAGUCGUACGAGCGGACAAGUUGUCUCCACUCGACAGAGUGGGAAAUGCAUCUCAUUAGUUCACUAAAGCAAAGAUCCGACAUAAGCCAUACAAAGGAACAAGCGCCCUACACACUGUGUAUGUCUCGUUUUUUAAGCAAAGAUCCGACAUGAGUUAGACUGUUCACAGUCCUCUAUUUUUCCGUAAGAUCGUUGAGAUCGAGCGCAUUGCGUUACCGGCUGCCAUCUUGCAUGAGUGUCAAAACUACUUAGGGGGCGGGGCGGUUUGGGAGGAAGCGAAAAAAAUAGAGGGACUGUAAUGAAAUUACUGCAGCUCGCGUUCCGGAGGCGUGACAGGAAUUUUACGCCUUUUACCAUUCCUUCAUAGUAUAGUCACUAUAUAUUGUAAGUUUCAUCGAUGUUAUUUCCAUUUUCUAGCAAAUUUCCAGACCUAAACUUAGGUUGCCUUUUUUGUACGAAAAAUAUAAUAACCUGUGGAGUGAAAUGUGAAAAGUUAAACUUUAGAAAAUCGUCAUGUCUACAAGACUUUUUUCUUUUCGCUUUCUAGAUCUAUCAUUUGCUACUAUUUUGGCUCGUCGAAUCCACAAACUUCUUCAAGAAAAGGAUGAACGGGCUGGAAAUAAGGCAAAUGACUGGCUACGAUCUGAGGCUUUAAGCGGUACUGGAAUCCAAGAAAACGGAACAUUCAGGAAAGCCCUGUGGCAAAGAGUCUAUUCAUCAGUUAUUCCAAUUCUUUCUGAAGUAAUCGCUUUUGUUGACCGUGACUCCAACCUAGACUUGGUGAUGGAUGGAGGGAAUUGGCUGUCAAGUCUGUGGCUAGGUUUUUUCCAAUGUGACGAAAUGGUCGAACUUCAUUAUGAUGGCUUUUUGUCGCUGGAAAGUGGCAUUAUACGGGAACGUGUUCCGGUUGUCACCUCGAGUCGUGAAACGCAGUUGUUUGAACUACAGUUUCCUUUCUCUUGGAUAAUUAAGGAAAGAAUUGAUGCCAUGUGGAGAGAGGCUUCAAGUAUUGCAGGUGAGCCACUUUUUGGAAAGAGCUGUUUCCUUGUUCAGCUUGUUUCUGAAAAAGGUCUACGAUCUGAUCUUGAUACUAUCGUGUCUUUUUGUCAUUAGCGAGAUCAAACACGCCACUUCAACAAUGUUUGCAAGACCUUGUAAAUAUCUCUGCGAUGGGCCGUUUUCUUGACGAGUCUUGGUUAGAAGGUUACCAAGAAGCUGCAGUUGAGCGUUAUCUUCACGAUUUUGUUCACACUAUGCUGAAGCCAUUAGUCCCUGAAGAGGAAAAGGUAUCAGGCAUAUAAUCGAGAAUUUAAUUGGUAGUUUCCUAACAUGUAGCUGCUUUCACGAGUUAACUGAGUAAGAUUUAUUUACAUGAUAUGUCAUCAGUAGAUUGAAAAUGAUCGUCCGGGUGAGUAUGGCCCUGACUAGGGUUGUUGUAGGACUGACGUGAACAUGUGCGGUGGUCAUCUUCAGAGUUAGAGUGAGUUGUAUCUCGUCAGUUGAUGGUAUUAAACUCUGGUUAUUGGCAUGAUUAGUCAAUUACGUCGCGAUGUUAUUGGUCGCCUGUCAGUUAAGCUGUGAUGUUAUUGUCUAUGAAGACUCUAAAUGUGACUGGUGCGUUUCAUUACGUUUUUUGUCACAGUGGUAACGGUCGUUUAUUAUAAGUCAAACUGCCGUCGACAGAGUUGCUUGGUUCCGUCAAUAAGUAUUAUGUUAGUUGUUGGUAACUACUAACUUAGAUUCAGCGGCAUUUGUUUCAAGUUAGUAAACCAGUUUUCGUAAGUUAGUCCUUGGUAGUAGACGAACCAUCAAAUCGACGGGGACUCGGCGACGUGCAUUACGUAUUCUACAGACUACUACCAAUGAUAAAGUCAUGCAUUAUACUACGACUUAAGCUAGUCUUUCCUGGAGACACCGCAACAAUAUAUUGCUAAGAGCUCACAACGAGCCUUUUAUGAUUUUGUUUUUGUUUUAGCUUCUCUGUCAGGCUAUUGUCACAGCCGCUCGUGAAUUGUAUAUGGAGUCAAAUUUUUCUGAAGAAUUUAGUCUCAACAUCCCUCUUAUCCAUGUGGUGUAUGACGCUAUCGAGAAACGCUUGGCAAAUUUCAGCCAACUGGUACAUGCGCAGCGGGACAUUGUAAGCCGCCUUGUAGAAGUCAUUCCGCCCAACGAAGAGGAGAUGGUAAGAAUCGGAAUUGGUAUAUGUUAGGUAGUCUAAUAAUGGAUAUCCCCCAUGACGGGACAUUCGGAGGAGCGCAUAGGACAGAAGCAAGCAGUCUACUUGACGGUUUUUCUUUUUUUGGCACGUACCCGCAGCUAUGAUUUACUAUUGCGAAUUUUUAAAUGUCCUUGAAAAUUGUAAUCGUACAGCAAGAGCGCAGUCUGCACUCACAUACGUUUUAAGGAAAUGCCAUGAUGCCACCUGCGGCGUAAUGCUGUUCUAGGAAAAAUGGCGAAAAUGGCGAAUCUGGCAAAAAAAAAAUCGCCAGGGUCCCUUUGAGAGUGGCGAUUUUAGCGAAAAUGGCAUAUUUGGCGAAAAUAGCGAAUAUGGCAAACAUUUGCCAAAGUCUUAGCAAAAAUUGAAAUAAGAUGGCAAAGGGGCCCUUUGAAAUUGGCGAUUUUGACGAAAACGGCGAACUGUCGCCAAAGAUUUAAUGGAUUGAUGUGUCGUUCUGAAAACGUCUCUAAUUAUGGCAGUAUCAAGCGUUCGUAUCCCACAGCUUAUAGUAACCAUUUUGAGGAGAAUUAAUUCAUUCUUUAUACCCAAUGUAAACCAUUUGCCAUCUCAAGUGACUUGUAGCUAAGACUUUGGCGAAUGUUGGCCAUAUUCGUCAUUUACGCCAAUCUCUCCAUUUUCAUCAAAAGCGCCACUCUCAAAGGGCCACUUUGUCAUCUCAUUUGAAUUUUUGCUAACAUCUUGGCGAAUGUUCGCCAAAUUCGCUAUUUUCACCAAAUUCACCAUUUUUGUCAAAAUCGCCACUUUCAAAGGGAAUCCCUUUGCCAUCGCAUUUGAAUUUUUGCUCAGAAUUUUGGCGAAUGUUCGCCAUAUUCGUCUUUUACGCCAAAUUGGCCAUAUUCGUCAAGAUCGGCACUCUCAAAGGGCCACUUUGCCAUCUCAUUUCAAUGUUUUCUUAGACUUUAGUACUUUCAAAGGGGACCCCUUUGCCAUGUUAUUCGACUUGUAGCUAAGGCUUUGACGAAUUCUCACCGUAUUCGCCAUUUUCGUGAAAAUCCUCUCUUUCAAAGGGCCCCUUUGCCAUCUCAUUUGAAUUUUUCCUAAAACUGGCGGAUGUUCGCAAUAUUUGCCAUUUUCGCCAAAAGCGCCACUCUCAAAGGGGAGCCUUUGCCACGUCAUAGGAAGUCGGAACAUUCGCCAAACUUUGGCGAGAGUGCGCCAUUUUUGCCACUUUCGCGAAAUUCGCCUUUUUCGUUAAAAUCGCCACUUUCAAACUGCCCCUUUGCCAUCUCAUUUGAAAUUUUGCUAAGACUUUGGUGAAUGUUCGCCAUAUUCGCCAAAUAUACCAUUUGGCUAACACCGCCACUCUCAGAGGGAACCCUUUGCCACCUCAUAUGAAUAUUCGCCAAACGUUGGCGGAAUUUUCGCCAUUUUCGCCAACACGUGCAUUUCUGGACAUGUCUCCAGAAAAAAUAUUAAGUAACUUACACUGCCUGUGAUACUUUCUGUUGUGAAGAAGGUAGCGGUUGUCGUAUGGUUUGUGUGACAUAAUGCACGUAUUUGCAGUACUCAGAAAACAAAUGGAAUAAAUGGAAAAAAAAUAAAAGGUUGCUUUUUGCCGUGAAUGGACUUGUAUGGUUAUUUGGGACAGCCCGUACUUCUCUUUCUUUUUUUUAAUAUAUCUUCUUUAAUCAAUAUGGUAAUACUGUUUGGUACAAAUAAAGUAGUGUUUUGGUUGUUGUUUGAAAGCCGACUCCACUAACACUUUCUUUCAUGGUCAUGCCACCUAUCACGCCCUACUCCACAGCGUUUUCACAAAGCUUAUGCAAAAUUGAAUGUAAUGAAGAAAGCUUACAACUCGAGCAUGACCUAAUGACACUCCUGACUGCUAUUUAACGAAUUUUCAGUGCUAUGCUGUGGAAGGGUGUAGUAGCCUCUGGCUACUGACCUCAUGAUUUGCGAAGCGGGAAGUCCUACUCUUUGAACGAAACGUUUACUCUCACAAAUCCUUGGUGUAACUCUUCUACAGCGCGUACCUCAGGGCUACCCAUGACUGUUUUCUUAAAGCAACUUUUUGUACCCACUUGUUAGGUCCUGGAUGCAGUUGCCCUUCAGUUGUGUUUGUCACAGCUUGAACCAAGAGCAGAUGAGUUUGCUGAUCCUCAGACCCGCUUAGUGUGGUGCAACAGGGUCCUGGCCAUCAGAUCGAGUGCUGAGAACAUGCUUUAUAAAAAAUCACAGUAUGGACCUAAAACAACUCGGAUUCUUUAUGAUUGCAGGUCUGUCACCCACAAGCUUUUAACAGCCUACUAGUAAUAUAAAAAUAAAGUUGUCAUUUUGGUAUUGAUCACCACGUUUCGACCGCUUUCUACUGGUCUUCCACACUGACAGACCGAGCAAAGACCAGCAUUACGCGAUUGAAACGUGGCGUUCGAUAACAAAAUGACCACCUUGACACAAACGAUGAUCGAACCCUUUCAUAGACAAAUUACGAUGAAUAUAUUUUUUCAAGCUAUUGUCUUCUUUCUUUUUCCUUUACAACAGGUCAACUUGGCAAAGAGUGAGCGCUGUAAGACUGUUUAUAGAACACACCUACCCAGGUUCAUCGGCCUGUCACCCAGCAGAUGUUGGAAAUGCAUUUAAGCUGUGGAAGGUGAGAAUCAACCUCGUUCUCAAGAUUCUCUCCUGCUCGUCUCCCGGGGACGAGUGGGAAAACAGCCUGGGAACGAGGUUGGGUGAGAAUAGAAGGUCUCGUUGCAUUCUCGUCUUUCCUAAAUGUAAAUACGCCAGUCACUUUAAUCAGUCACUUGAAACUAGCAGGAGUGUUCCAUGAAGUUGUAAACACUGAGAGUUUAGAUCUGAUUCUUGUCAUUGGACUACCAUAACUGGUUUUCCCAGACAUAGUUUUCCUCUUGCUCCUGCAUGUCUGAAAUAUCGAGAAUUAGAAUUACUGUCUAAUAAAAACACUCUCCUUACAGGCCUUGGGAGAGGAUACAGACUUUGCAAAGCCACACACCAUGCGAGUCAUUGAGAAGUUUCUUGUCGACUGUAGCGAGGCUGUCAGUAAACGCUAUACGAGGUACGAGUAUGUGUAAAACUGUCACUUGUUGGCGAUGCGCGAGGGAAGCAUGUUUUUCGUGAUAUGAGAUUUUACGGUUUUAAAACCUAAAAUGACGGAAAAGAAAAGUAACUUUUUUAUUAAAGUAUUCUUAUUGAAGAGAGAAGGUUAUGAGAAUAAAUGAUCAACCAAGGGAGAAUGCAUUGAUGUUUACACAAAUUCUCUUGACUCUUCAAGUAACUGUAUGGAGAGAUCGUUUUAGAGAAUUUGUAUAUGGAUAUUGGAGAUAAAAACAUUCUCUAUUCUUGUGCUUGGGACAACAACAACAAUGUAUUUAUUUAAAGUGGUUAGUUUCUCAGUGGAGAGUGGAAGACAGAAAGUUGCAAACUUGGCAACCUGCGUGUAACGGCUCACCUGUAACAAAGGAAAUACGAAACUUGUCUUACCUUGCUGCUGAAAGUGUAGCUAAUUUUACAGCUUACAUCAUUUUCCCGGGUUUGAAGCCCGUGGUUCUGGGUGACCUCAUAAAAGCAUAUUGACAAGAUCUUGCAGAAGUAACAUGAAACUCACUUAACAAACAUCAACAACUAUGACUGAAAGUUCGAAAAGCGCCUCUUGAGUUUGGUGACUGAGAGGACCAAUAUUUCAAUAACAUCGCCACUAAAUCGACAAAUCUGUCCUAUGGCCGGUGUUCAGUACUCAAUAUUUCGUUACCUUCUUAGUCGAUUAAGGAGCAAUUGUUCACUUUUAAUUUAGGAUGUCGUUCAGCUACAACUCAUUUCAGUUUGAACACGUUUGUUCCUGGAAUUAUUUACGGAAAGAGACUCCUUUAAAAAGAAUUAAGUUCGUUUUGGAAAAUUCUUCUUUUUAAAUCAAUUCCAGGAAAGCUGUCAAAGAACACUACGACUUCCGUCGCCGAUGUAACUCUUUCUUCAUGGAGCUUGUUUCAUUAUUUUGUUUUGGUGCUGAAGAUGGUGAAGGUGUAAUGGACCCUGAGUUGUUCGACAUGUUCAUGAGUUACGUGAUUGAAGCUGCUAGUUCAAAAACGAAAGACUUCUCUCCUUUCCCUGAGCAUGGUAUUGAUGCAACUCCUGUCAUUUCUUCUACAGCAACUACUAAGGACAAGGUGGGUCAUGAAAGAAUCUGUUGUUUUACUUAUAGAAAAAAUUCCAUUGGCCAGUGGUUCAUGAGUUGGUGAACACUAAUGCAGGAUUAAUUUUCAAGCAAACACUAUUUUCACAUAUUGGGCUUAUUCUUGUUCGUAAGAGGUUUAUAAGAGGGCAUAUAAAUGGAGGAGCUUGUAACAGGAAACAGGAAUAGAAAAACGAAACAAGCUAUUGCAGUGGUGAUCAAAAUACGUUUUGCAGUGGUUUUUGAUUAAACUUAAAGGUCAUAAUAAAUCGAAUUUUAACAAUAUAAGCUAGAGGGGGGCUUACAGGUAGACGGUCCUAUUACUAGGGGGUGGGAGAGGGAGGGGCUUAUAAAAGGCUGUUUACGGUAUUUAUUUACUUGCCAAGUCGCUUUGAGAGGACACUGUUUUAUAAGUUGGCUUGAAACGCAGAAAUUAGACAACUUCUGCGUAGCCUAACCGACUAUCUCUCCUUCCGUAUCAACGUCACACUUAUCCCUUCCUUCUUUGAAAUGUAAACAGUUCGUAAAAGUAAUAACUACUUUGGUUAGUAUGUUUGGCAGCGGCUUAUAUUCAGCAGGAAACUCUCUAUUAUUAUAUAUAACCGGUUUGCAUGAUUUUUGCUUAGUGACAAGGAAGUCAAGGAGCACUUGUCGCUCUAUUUAACGAAGGCUCGAGGACUGAAACCAGAGAUUGGCCAUCUGCUGCAAGUCUGUCAGCUUUUUGUACACUGCUGGGAGGUAAACUUUGAAUUCAAGACAACGACAACAGUUUUAUUGUUUGCAUGCACAAGCAGUUGAAUGGCUUGCCCCACGUAUAGCUGGAAAGCUAGUCGUGGCGAAGCAAGACAAGUUCAUGAAUAACAUAUCUCUUUUCAUGAGAGAAGUUUUUAAAUUACUGCCUUUUUGAAAAGUAUAGUACUCUCAGUACGCUUAUAAUUGCCAACAGUCAUUGCAUUGAGGAAAUUAGAACUCGAGGUGAAUGUAAGAAGACAAAGAAUGCCAUGCCGUGCGGAAUGCCAACGAAUCCCCAUGCGCUGCAAAAUGCGUUCAUGGUUUGAAAGAAGCCUGGCAAAAACAAAAAAGCACGCUUACGUUUGUGUUCUUCCUAAGUUUAUGAGGAAAAAUCACUGAACGGAUGGAAUAGAACCAACGGAAAUUUAGUCUAGACCGGGCUAAAUUGAGCAUGGCAUGCAUUGGUGGUAGGAGAGUAGUCUAACCACUACGCCAUCAGUCUUCAAUUUAACUAGGUGUUAAAGCGUUCCCAAUUUUUUCGUCUGGCAAUAGAUCACUUCAACUAUAAAAGGUCAAGUUGAUUUUCUGUUCUAGGUUGCUUCUCUUCCUUUCUAUGGAUAUCACAAGUUUCAAAUGAGUUUUUAAGCAUGAACAUAGCUUUACAUUACCUUGCAUCUCACAUCUUCAUUACGAUGUUCUUUUAGGAUUCUCUCAUCAGUCAGUAUUCUAAAACCUCGGAUAUUCUGCUGGUGAUGAUAAAACUUGCACAACAGCUUUCUAAUGAAUGUACGCCGUUGCUGAUCUCAAGCUCACUUCGUCCCACUCGAGAACUUGAUGUUGAUGUGCUGGAAGGCGUUGCAAAGGCGCGUUACACCUUAGCACUGACUGCCGAAUAUAUGUACAAGAGCACUGUAGAAAACACAGAGCCUUGGAAUGACCGCCAGAUAAAGAUGGAAUUGGAGACUCUCUUUGAAACUGCAAGAAGACUGUGUUACAAGAGUUUAAGCCCAGCUCCCCGACUGUUCCUCCUGAAACAGUUGGCAAGGAGGUUUGGUGUGGAGACAAUUCAUGUGCUGUGUGGUAGGAAGGAGCUUGAGUGGAUUGUACCACCUGAGAGCAGAAACAAGAAGGUAGAAAACCUCGGUUUCUGUUUGACUUUAAUUCCGCGAUUUAGGGUUGGUGAGGUAGUUUUCGCCCAUUACACGGCUUGGUCUGUAACCUAGGAACCUUUCAGCUUACUUGUGAUUUGAAACAUUUGAAUAGUAGGCUUCUGAACUAAAAAACGUGGAAAAUUUACCAUAUUGCAACCACGUGACAAUGCAAUAUUUUCGUAGAAAUUGGAUAAACAAAGCCGGCGCCAACUGACUCUUGCAAUUGUAUAAAAAUGUGUGUAUUAUAAGCAUUGUUGAAACGUGAUCCACAUAGCACACGAUUAGCUCAAAUUAGUAAGCGCCGAUCCAACACUCAGGAUCUUAAUAUGACUGACAGGAUCGGAAUGUGCUGUCUUUGUUGUGACAUCUGCAAGUGGCUUCUCGGAUAAGGACCGCCUUGCUCAGGCAUAUAAAAAUUGUAUGGGGACUUCAGAGAACCCAUGCUCUGCUCGGAAAGAGUAGCGAGAAUGUCUCGAAAAGCCGUGACGGGGUGAUUAACUUGCUUUUUACAGUUCAUGCGAAGGUCCUCCUGAGUACGAUGCUAAAUAUUACUUAGCAAAUUGUUGUUUGCUUGUUUGUUAAUUUCUUUGUCGGUAAUGCCUAUUUUUCAAGAUGUUGUGAUUUCGAUUUCCACAUAUCAGCUGUGUAAAGGGUUUUGGGCCCUUAUCUAGAAAAGUUGAAAUUUACGAGUCCGCGUGAGUUUACUUCACAAGAUCGUUUCUGGGACUCUGCGACAUGUAUUACGUGGUGUCUUUUCUGGGACUCUGCGACAUGUAUAACGUAUACUACAGACUACUAUCAACGUCUUACUUUAGAAAGCUGGUUUACUAACUUAGAACAAACGCCACUGAAUCGUAGCCAACAGUUACCAGCGCCGUACAAACGACUUAUUGACGAGAUCAAGCAAAAGUAACUACGAGAGAACGACUGGAGAACUGACAAUUUGUCGAAAUUUGACUUACAAUAGACGGCUGUUUAACUGUGACAAUAGACGGAUCAAAACGCACCAAUUACUGAUUACGAGUCUUCAUAGCCAAUAACAUCACGGCUUAACUGACAGAUGACCAAUAACAUCGCGACGUAAUUGACCAAUCAGAUCAAUAACUAGAGUAUAAUACCAUCAACUGACGUGAUACAACUCACUUUGACUCUGAAGAUGACUACCGCACAGAUUGUCGAAACGUCAGUCACUGUCAAUAACAACAGUCCUAUUUAGGACUACGUUCACCCGGACGAUCAAACUCAACCUACUUUUGAAAGAUCUUUUCUGUUGGUGUUUAUUUGUUUGCUGGUUUGAUUGAUUGUUUUCCAGGACGAAGACAAUGUUCCUGAUAGGUUCGUGAUUUAUGGAGAAGAAUACAAGAAGAUCAGAGAAGCCAUGGCCAAAACAGUGCUUGGUGGAACAAACAGAGAGCUGACUGACGCACUGAAGGUAUAAACAAUCCUGAAGUACUUUAGUUUAACAUUAUCAACUAUUUUACCUUCUGAACUUUUUAUUUUGCUGUUGAGUGUGCUUCAGUUGGAAGUUCUGAAUCCAAAACCAAAGUAUUUGAGUUUGCUAAUCGUAAUAGGUGACGACAUCACACAAGCCAACGUAAGCAGUUAUUAGUCAAUGGUCGUCUUUGGAUAGCCAUGGAUCGAUCGUAAUUAACGCUUGUCCACCCAAAAACGGUCCCUGAAAUCUUUGCGCCGAGAGCUUUUUCCCGAUCUCCCCGUAGUUUAUGAGUGGCGUGGCUCUUUUGUCUGUGACUGAAAAAUAAAAUAAAAAAAAAUAGUUUCACCCUUUGUGAGACUCACACCAUGUUUCUUGUGGCAAAAUUUCAGUCCGUUGCCAUACCAAACGUUGUAAGAGAGGUUAUGCUGCUGCUGUCUUUAUUCCGUGAAGUUACCACAUGCUAUGGCUUUACUGGCAAAGAACGUCGUCUCUCCACUAAGGUACGAGUUCCAGGAAAGGAAAACAAAUAUAACGCAAUAAGGAUAUCGUAUUUUUCGAUGUUAUGCCUCAGUCAUAUUCACAAAAUUUAGUUUAAAUCUAAAUUAUUAAAAUAUAGCUGGGGCAUAAUAUCGAUAAAUUCGAUACCAUUAUCAUUUCACGUUACGUACGUUUCUCUUUUCUCCCAGAUACAUGUUUUUGGCCCCGAAAACUGUUUUUAUCCCACUCAUCUGAUUGACCUUUAGUUUUGUAAAAUCAGUACAAAUUGGAUCUGUGCUGGUAGCAGCUGCAGUGAGAAUGAAGAAAACAACUUUCUAGCUCGAACAAGGUUGAGUCUUAUUAUAAAUAGCCCCGAGGUUUAAAGGAUGACUGCUGGUGCUUUUUUGGGUACAAACUAAUAAGUUUUAGAAAAUAAAGCAUUUUGCUUCAUGUUUCUUACGUCGUUUUCGUCAAACUAAAUGAAACGAGUAUUUGUAUCCACGUAAAAGUUUGUUCCUUUUUUGCUAAAACAGGCCCACCAGUGUCUUCAGGAAUUCAUACAAGGGGGCACAGAUUUGUCUGGAAAUGUAAGUCAUAGAGUGAGAGCUUGCGAUCUGUAAGCUUAAACGAAAAUCUAAAGUCGGAGAAAUUGAACUUCUAAGAUGAGAUUUAUGCCCAAAUAUUAUUUCUCAGAAAGAGGCUUUCGGUCUCAAUGAUACCUUAGGUGAGCUUAUGAAUACGAUCCCCUUCCUUCAGUUGUUUAAUCGUUUCAAAGACCUGGAUAAUAUCCCAAGAUCUGUUUCUACAUAUGGUGGCUUUUUUUAAACUUUUCCAUCCCAUUAGCGGAAAUUUUGUGGUCUAGUUUUUUUACCUUUCUUCCCACCUUUCUUUUGUGGUUAGGCUGUGAGAGUUGUCUUGUUGUUGCUGUUUGCUUCUUUAUCCUCACUUUCUGGUGUAUUGCUUUCUACAGAUCCAAUCAUUUGCCGCUCAACUUCUCGACAAUACACAAGGUGCCCAAGGCAUUCCCAGUGUUCGAGUCAGGCCUGGUCGCUCAGGCUUAGAGCAGAAUUUGUCAGAGCUUGUAAUUCAUACUACGACUGUGCUUCAGACCAUUAAUCACGUGACCAUUUGCGAACCACUGCGAUUGCUGAUGGAUAAUCCUGCGGCCUUAAUGGUACAGUUCUGUUUUCGCUUUUCUUUUUUUUUUUUGUUCUUGAAGGACGGUUCCUACCGAUUGUCAGAAUGCAAAAUAUGAAUCGCAAGUAAAAUGAAUGUAAAAGAUUUGCUCCUCGCAGUUUUAAGAUGAAGUUGAAAUAAAAAACGUGAAAAAUGCAGGCUGGGCUAGAGUUCGAAACCGAUGACCAUACGCACUGCUUUGUCCAAUGGGCCAUUUUCACGAUGACGACAUUUGACUCCAUUUCGUUUUUUUCUUUCUUAAAUUUCUGUAAAUCCCGCACAGGUUUAGAAAAUGAUAGCCCUAAAUUGCACAAGAAAACAACAAACUGAAGGAUUCUUGUAGUUGUAGUAAAAUGACGUCAUCGUCACGUGCAAUUGACCUAUUGAGGUAAUAGGGCACUGGAGAACCGAGCACAGUGAAGGCGGCGAAAACAUCGCUUGCGCGUUCUCCCAAUCUUCAUGGCCAUCAUUUUGUAUCUUAGAACGCAUACCUACCCACAAUGCCUGAUGACAAUCUGCAAGAAGCAAUGGCGGGAAUGCGAGAGAGUGGAACCUGGUAUCGUAAGUAUCACGGUGGUAAAUUUACGUUGUGCAGGCAGUUAGCAUAGUACCAGGCUUGUCGCCUUUACUACACGAAUGACGUGAUACUGCAGGUUCAUAACUGGCAUUUUAAGAAAAAAUAGCGUGAACAGCAUGACUAGCAAAAAAUGAGGAAGAUCACAAUAAAUAAGAUAACAAGCUGUUUCUCGUGCAGAGAAACCCACUGAAAGCAACAUACCACCCGAAUGGGCAUCAGCAUCGGCAUCGAACAGCAUCAUCAAUAAGGUCAAUAUUUGCUCUUUGACAUUACUGAACAUGAAAGACUUGCUCCCCAAAACAUUUACUUGUUUACGUGGUAACAUGGAAAUAUACGACUCAAUUACUUACGUGGAACCUUUCUCUCUACCUCGCGUUCAAAACCGCAAACGCUACUGAAACGUGACGUUGCCAUCUGUAGUUUGGUGAAUUGUCAGCUAUUAUUGCGCGUGUUGGUGUUGUUGGUAUCCAAAGGUUGCUCCUUUUAAAAGCAUAUUAAGCAAAAGUAGGGGUGUUCUGUUUCUGUCAGUUCAAAAAUUCGAGGCGUUGCCGACUGGUAUCAGUCGGCUUCAAAACCUUGAGUUUGAGCCGAGAAUAACUGAGCGGAAAGCACAGUCUCUUGUAUUUUCGUCAAUGAUUUAUAAAGAGGUUUAGUCUGGAGAUGCUCGUGAACAAAGGUCAGGGAUGUUCGACUUCUGAAUACAAGUACGUCGAUAGUUGUAGACAAUGCAAUGUUUGCUGAAAUGAACUUGGUUUCCCGUGUUAUUUUGUUGCAGAGUGUCCCAAAGGACAUCCCUACUACAUUGGAGACGUAAGUGACGCUUUUUACUGUCGUUCAGUUACAAGUUUAAAACAAGACUUGUACCGUGGUCACCAACUCUACAUAUCUGUUUUCAUGGCUUAUACUUACAUAAUUGUAAAAUCACAAGUUUCUCUUUCUCCUAACAAUGUUCUGCCAGGUUCCCUUGGUCCUGGUGGUCGCUGUGAGACCGGAUUCCAUACCGGGCAACUGAGUAUUUCUCAUGUUCCUUAGAUAUGUGUAUUGUUUUAUUUUCUCUGUGAUCCUGUUUCCUUACCUUGUAGUGUGGCCGCCCUGUGGAAGUGAAGGUUUGUCCUGAGUGUAAAGUGAAUAUCGGUGGUACCGGAUACAAUCUCUCUCGAGGAAAUACCACAGCUCAGAGGUUUGUAUCGUUAUCGCUAUCCUUUCCGCGUCGACCUUAUGUAAAUGAACAGAAAAUGUCAGGAACUAAAAAGAGCCUAACGACGUGCGUAAAUCCUUGAGCGAAGUGUUGGGUUCAAGGUAAUCGCGGUAUUCCGAAAUUGCCCGGAUCUGGUCCUUGGUAAAAGGUUGCAGAUAACACGGCUGCGUGGAGCUUACCACUAUUUUCAGCAUAAGCGACACUGGGAGGGGAAUUUUUCCUGACCGCUUAAUGCGCAGUUUAUAAUUAAUUAAGCAAUAAUUUAUGAAUGUCCCCUGAUUUUAAAGUGACUUUGAGAUAGACCACCACGCCAGGGACCACAUCCCCUACUCUUUACGAACAGUGUGCGGGUUCUUUAACGUCCCACAAAAACGGGGUUUAUGGUUUAUCCUUCUUAGCCGAGAAGACUAGAAAGUCCAGCCGUUUGCAGAUGUCAUGACAAAGGCAGCACUCUCUCCUCAGUUAUUUAAAGACCCUGUCUCUUGGUCCGGCCGGGGUUUGAACCCGCUGCCUUCCGCUCGGUAGAUGUACGCUAAUCUGACGAGCCAACUGGUUGCCGGGUUACCACUAAGGGUAGAAUCCUGACCUUCAGAGAUAAAGUGCGAUGCUCAUUUGGCUUGUCAUAUAGUGGGUUAACCAGACACAUCGGAAAUUAGUUUACUCAAAUCGACUCAUCACAUUGAUCGUGAAACGUCUUUUUACAAGUAUAUUAUUCUUGUUCUGUAGUGCUGACCGCACAAUGACUGGCCACCUUCUUGGUCAUCCCAGUAAAAGGGCCAAAGGUCUGGUUCCUGAACGAAACCUUUCGCCUGUAGUUCUGGGCGUCACAAGGGUUCUUAUGCAUUGUGCUAUGAUAGAAGGAGCCUGCUGCCAACCACAGGUGAUUAAAAGUCGCUUUUUAUGUCUUGAGUUGUAAGGGCAGUGUUGAAAAAGGCCAACACAAGCUUCUAUUUUAGAGGAGCAGUUAGAAGCUGUCUCAUGAAAUGUCCUGAAACUUUAGAGGCCAAGCAGACUAUUUCUUUAGUUGCUUUCAAAUCCCUUCCUAGACUAAUCCGUUUAGCUCGUCACUUCUGACAAAUAAUUAAGCAAUUUUCGCAUUUCGUUAUUUAGUAUCUGGAUUCAUAUAUUUUCGAGGCGUUGUUGAUACAUACAAUGUUACUAGAAUUACCCAGUUAAGCAAGGCCCCUUUUAUCGAAAUUAAAAUCAAAUGAAAUCAAAUGUGAAUGCCAGUCAUCUAGAAGGGAGUAAAACAUUGACUGCCGUUAUAUUUAUGAUAGUAUGAAUGGAUAACUUGUUUCUCAUUAUCCCUGUUUUGUGUCCCUGUUUAGGGUUUGGGUGCCCUCAUCCAUCCCACAGUUCCCCCCGCCGCCUUGGCGCAGUUUUUAUGGGAUCACCUCCAGAUGGACCUACAGCUUCUCGCCAAAAGCCUUGGAAGAAGUGUAGAUGAUACAGUUCUUUGCGUUCACAUGGUUCUUGUGCAAAUGACCGCGCUUAUUUCUAACCGUAAGUUGAAAAGCACAGACCAAAAAUGACAACCAUACCAUGGCUAAGGGAUCAUAAGGUUUUGUGUUGUGCCUAAAUUGGGGUUACCUAACGUUACUUGUGUUAAUUAAGUUAAACUGGAUAUUCAAAAUGGUAAAUGCGAUAAAUGACUGCGUUGAGUACACGUAUUCGCACUUACGCGGGUCUAUUCGGAGUUAGCUUACGCAUCUUACGCAUCACUUUAAUAGCUUUUAAGUCGAGACUUAUUUUGUUCUCCCUUUUCAAGGACCUAAAAUGUCCACGUUAUUUGUGUUAAAAGUGCACAGAAAGCAUAUAAAUAAUAUGGGCAACUGAAACAUUUAAAUACUUAACAGACUAAACUUUUUAAAAAUACGACAUCCGUUAAAUUUAGAGUAGUUCUGGCGGGCUUUUUUAAAACACCAGUCUUUGAAACAUGGAGGGGGCAUCAGUAAAUCCGUAGAAUUCUUGGAAGAGACCAAGGGAUGACGAAAAAUCCAGCGACAUUUGAAAAGAGCUUGGCAAAGAGAAGAAAUAACCACUUCUUAUUUCAAUCAACUUGAGUUAUUAGAAAAUAAACUUUGCAGCUUCCUACGGGUCAAGUGUCUAUGUGUCAUGCAAGAGAGGCAUUCGCAUCACACGAAGAAAUCUUUUACCCGUUUUAAGAUUUCUUUCAUCUAUUUUAGGACAACCAGUCGUGAAUGUCACCCCUGAUAUGAGGUCGAAAGAUUCUCGAAGAGAAUGGGAAACAGCGUUCAGCAACAGUGUGGUGGCUCCAGUGCUUACGGUAUGCGGACUUUACUUUAUUGUAAUAAUAUAGUAAAAAAUGAUAUCAUUUUGAUGCUUUUGGAUUUUCUAAUUUGAUUCUCACUUCUUAAGAACCUCGAGGGAAAGAUCCAAAAUUGCUUGGAAAUGAUGGUUGGAGACAAUCGACUAGGUACGUUUUUACGUGUUAUUUCCUCGUGUACAUUAAUUAAUUAACCAUUUGUUUAUUUAUCUAUAUUUUUGCGUUUAGUUUAUACUUUUAGUGAACCAACUAACCACCCAAUGCGAUGAAGCUGAAGUAGAUAUUAAAGUAUACGAAGAAAUGCUCAGAAAAAAUCCAGGCCCCCAGCCGGAAUCCAUCUCACGACCUUCCAGUCACCGUUUGGAGGUUCUACCCUCUGAGCUAUGGGUGACUCAUAUAGUGAACAGGACGUUGCCUAGCCCCUGUACGGCGUUUCCCAAGCUCUCUGUGUCAAUUCAAUUCGGUGACGUUGCUUGGACCACGUGACCCGAAAUGCAUUGGCCGCGAGAAAUAAUGAGGCCUAGGGAUUAGGUAAAGCAGGACGAACACUGGAGGUAGUCACAGGACUUCGCAUUUCAAGAGGACAUAGGGCACUAAUCCGAGCAAAGCUAAAGACCUGCAUGUCGCAAGCACCUAAAAUAAGAGUUGUAAACACUGAAUAGAUUUAGUGAAUCAACACCCACUGCAGUCACUAAAUCUAUAACUAACACAACUCAUAUCGUUUGCUUGCAAGAUACAAGUAAUUUGGUGAGUGUUUUGCCUUUGAUUAGUGCCACAACUGCGAGGAUCGUUCUUCAUUUGAUUUCAUUUCCGCAGCUCUUGUAUGAUUUAUUUGAUAUACAUCUAUCACAUUAGUGUCCACUGUUCUCGUUACAUGCGAAGUCCUGUGACUACCCCAAGCGUACGUCCUGCUACUAUAUGAGUCACUCAUAGCUCAGUGGAUAGAGCUUGCAACCGGUAACUGUAAUGUCGUGGGUCCGAUAAAUGUAACCGGGUCUUCGUGUACUUUAAUAUCUAUUUCAGUUGUUUUAGUUAAUUUACAUUUUCAUAAGCUGUUUUAUUAAAAUCCGUUUUUUCCAUAUAGAAAACAUUAUGUGAUUCCGCGUCGUGUAGUUUUAAAGGCAGAAAACCCCUUAGCGUUAAGUUUUCGUUGCGAUUCUUUCAGGCAACAACCCCCUGAUGCGCCAGCUAUAUGAGGUAGACACCCCUCCUGAUGAUCUGUCUGUGAGUAUCUCGCCUACUUGUCCUGCGCUGUGGAGAUAUCGAACUCAGGUGACUCUCGAUCACCUGUCACACACCUUUCAACAAGAGGUGGCCUCCACCGAUCCCGAGAGGAACAAAGUGUUAGCGGAGUUUUUACGACAGGUGAGAGUGCAAGUUAGGUUGCAUUUAAGGAGCUUUGUUAAUAGGAUAUUGCUGUCUUAGGUCAAUGCUGUUCAAGUCUUUAUUUAGUGACUUUUCUCAUACACGAAAUGCUCCUGAGGAGUUAUGAAGAAGGUACCAAAUAAGUGUCAUCAGGGAGCACUAUUAAACCACAAUAACUUUUCGCUGAUUUUACAGGCAUAGCAUUGAAAAUUGAAAAAGUUGGACCAACUUUUUCAAUGAGUUUCACCUUCCUUGCCAUCCGUUACAAAGGACAACAGGAAACAGUUCCAUUGCCCAAAUCUUAAAUCUAGUCUUAAAUAACAAAACUUUUACAGGACCAUUCAAUUGUUGAAUGAAUUCAAUUGUUACCAAGACAAGUUUUAGUGUUUUAUAGCAAAUAGCGUGACAUGGCCCCUGUACUUAACUGGUUUUCCUAACACCAUACGAUUUUGUCAUUGAAAUCAACGGCUGCAAAGUAAUAAGUAAAUAACAGUGUGGCACCUUGCAGCAAUAAAAGUAGUCUGUGAACAGUCCUCCGAGGAAGCUAGCUUUCUCAUUGUCCUGUAUCCCACUUUAAAACCUUUUCACAGGCUGCAAUAAAAACAAUGCCCAACUGUCUAGGCCCCCUUUGAAUCAAUUUAAACCCUUUUCAAUAAACCAUGUAACUUUGUACUCGGGGAUAAUGCCGGAUGCCAAUUGAUGUAAUGCAAUACUUAGAAAUAAUGGUCAUCUCUUUUCUUCUCCUUUUUAGGAACACAAUCUCCGUGCCCUCCGCUUUUUGCCAGAUAUCAUUAAGCUGCAGCGUCUUCUCAUGGAAAAGUUCCACCGCAGAAUCGACAGGGCAGAAGCAGAGCAUAUCACAAUCCGAAAUUUCCUAAAGAAGAUUCCUUCUAGUUAGUUAAUUGUCGAAAUAUGAGAUUACCUAACAAUAAAGGCAUGGCAACUAAUAAUAGGGAGGUUACGAACCACGUUUACGUCAAACGGCAAACGCGAAUUUGAACCACGUGAUCAAGUUUCCCCUUUGCUUGUCGCCUACUGUUCAUUAUUUCUAAACAUAAAUUACUAGUUUCACGCAAAUUUUUAUUAAGAAGAAUUUUCUGAGCUGUUUUUCUCUGCUCAUUUUCUAUUUUGAGAAAUUCUCAAUUUGCCGUUUGCCGUAUGCGUGAAGCUUAAACUCUCUAAUAAUCACUGUUUUUUCCUGGCGAUAGAAACAGGAACAAAAUACUUACUAUUAUGUUUUUUAUUUCAACUGAAUUGGACUAUUUUCUUUGGAUUUCCUUUGUCUCAUAUGAUAGCCAUGCUUCAGGGUGCGAAGGGCUAGUUUGUAUCACAAAGAAAAACAUCGGUGAAUGAAGCUUUAAACGUUCUUAUUCGGUUUUAACAUGAUGCGUGAUAACAAACUUAGUACUUGAGUAUUUUGCUACUUUGUUUUUUUUUUUUAAACAAUGUGAAUCUAUUGUUUACACGUAACAAAGCAUUUCAUCGUGAUUUAGGGCCUGUUUACAUGGACGUAGGGGAUCCCAGGUAGGUGUGGUAACCCGCUUAGGUGGGGUAACCCGCAUGUCCAUAUAAUCUCUCAUUUCAAUUAGGUGGGGUGACCCUCCACAUGUUACCUCACCUAUCUGGGGUCCCCAACCGCCAUGAAAACAGGCCCUUAAAUGAUACCUCACGGGUUUUCGAAUUCCGGCAGUAUGUGAAAAGGCAUUUUCCACUGCGCCAUUUUAUCACGGAGAGGGCUUCAUGUUAUGAAACUGUUCGCAUAUAUUGUCCAUGCAGAUAACAAUAUCUCGGUACCUUUUGUUCGUCUUCAAAAACAUAACACCGUAGAAUAUUUUGUUGAUUCUCUUUUAUUUGUAUGAACAAAACGAGUUUGGUUUUCCUAAUUCAAUUUGAAUUAAGAAAGUAAAACAUAUGAAAACUUUUUUAUUCUUUGCCGCGACUGAAAAAUCGUAGGUUGUAUAAAAUAGCCAGUAAAAUCGCGCUGGAAUUUUUUUGGUUGGUGUUAAUUCGUAAUAUUCUCCACAGAAACAACUAAAGAUGAACUCACUUCCCUGAUAAUGAGUUUUAACAAUGCGUGGAAUCACGUCAGACUGAGUCUUGACCAGCAAGGUAUGUCUCUUAGACCUGUCAGUCUGCCUUACUUUCUAGUAAAUCACAAUUUUGUGAAUUGCAGGAGCGAGUUAGAUUUGCUAUCUAACCCUUUAAUAUCCCUCGUAAGAAGCUAGCGUCGAUGUUUCUUGCAUUCAGAGAAGAACUUGAUCGUUGUAAACAACGAAAGGUGAUGAUUAUAUCUUUGCGCUAUGAAGAUUAAGUUUUAUUUUACAGAUCCUUACAAAGGGACAGCUGUCAAUUUAAAUCUUAUUGGACAGUUUCGACUCUUGAAUUUUAGACGAGGAAACAUUAAAAGCCAUGGGCGGAAACACUGUAUCCACUCUAUAGGGAGAAUCCCUGCGAAAAGAACCCGUAUCGGAAUGUAAUUUUUGAUGGGCGGGCUUCCCCUGUUAGGCGUAGACCCAGUAUGGCGGCCUCUCUGUUAGUGGUUUUCCCUGGAUUGAGACACUUACGUUAAACAGGCACUCCCGUAAGGCAAAAAUGAACUUCAUCUAACGCCCGGAGAUUACUCUCCUAUACAAGCCAUAUGGGUAUGUACCGCCCCAAGGGGUAGGGUUUUGCGCCGUUUUGGUCUAAAAACGGGUAUAGACUUUGCUCGUUUUGGUCUGGAGUCGGGUAUGGUUUUCAGGGAACUGCGGGAGGACACGAACGUAGUUAUUGUUUCAAUUCCAAUUGAGUAAGAAAGAAAGAGAAAUAUGCCAAUUCGCAUUACGGAACGGCGCCUGUAGAUCCGUGUCGCCCGCAAAAUCGCGGGUCCCAUGACUGUUUGCGCGCUCACAAAGGAAGCCGCUGCAUGUCGCGUCCUUUGAUUCAAGACUCAAGUGUUAUAGGGUAUUGUUUCCACGAUACAAAGGUAAUUUAACUUAAGAAAAUCUAUAGAUCGAAGCUUUCGCGCUACUCUCUGUUUUAUAAGGAAAUGCAAACGCUCAACUUGAUAAAUAUUUUGAAAUGGAUUUUAAGAAAUCGUUUUUUUUGCUGUUCUAAUCUAAGUAAGUCCAGGUCUGAGAAUGGGUGUAGAUUUUAGAGACCAGGUCUGAGAACGGGUGUGAAAAAUGACAUUAUUUGGUUUGAAAUAGGGUCAAGAUUUGGAGAACCGGGCGGCACACUCCCACCAAGAAUUUCCGGGAGUAACCCCCCCGGAUCUAUCGCUAACCAAUCCUUUUAUUUAAACAGGUCGCCUUCGUCCUCCAAGAGAUUUAUGCGAGAUGUCCAUGGAUAAUUCGCGUCCUCUUGCAGUACUUCUGCCCAGUACGUCUGGGUCAGGCAUCUGCUCCACGGCUCUCGUAUUUUUUCUCACGAUGUUGCAUAACGAGUUUAACGAACGGUACCAGAAUUUGACUGGCGGAGAAGUAAAGUAAGUACCUUCCUUGUUACUCAUCCUCCCUCUCCUCUGGAGCUGUUAUUUUCAAUUUAAUUCUAUUUGUUCAAAAUAUUUCGCCGUUUCUGAUUGGCUCCAAUCCUCCUCAUAACCAGCCGGCGCUAACCAUAUUUGAAAAAUGUAGGCAAUAACCUAUCGCUUCUAUGGUAUAUUGCUAGCAGCCUCGUUUCCACACAGAAGCCGCUUCAGUUGUGCAGAGCUGUAGUGCAUGGCAGCCAAGCUGUUUAUGCCUGAGUGAACUGAAAAAAAAGAGCGUUCACGGCUAUCCAAAGACAAAAUAGCCGAAUUUCUAACUAAAACUGAACAGAAGAAAUGCCGAGUAAUACGCAAAAAAACUGUUGCUCGAUAGAUUUCGAGUAUCUACAAUAAAAAACGAAGUUUCCAUCCUGGAACCGUGCCGAGAAACAGGUAAAUGUUUGAAUAUUUUUGCGGUUAGUACGGCUACUAACACCAUUUGCCCUUUUUGAUCUUUAGAGACCUGCCUCACAUACAGCUACAAGACGUAACCACAUCACAACUGAUUGCUUAUGACACUGACAGAGAUCUACUUCCGCUCAUCCUGGCUCAAUGCAACUACUCUCUGGAGGUGGGUCGGGGAACGUUGGUACAGUACAACUGGGAUGCACUAGAAAGACAGCUGAUUGACAGGUUUAUCAGGAGAAGAACUCUUGUUGAUUUCAAGGUAAACUGUGGAGUUUCCACGUAGAAUUUAGAUUGAAAGAUUGGGGAGACCAAUCCAUUGACAAGCGAUUGUUGAGUUUAUAUUGAGAAAUCUCUGUGUGCUAAUUUUCCCUAUAAUCAUUGACGUAAACAGCGUUCCCUAUAAAUCCUUAAAUUUAAUCAUUUUCGAUCGGGUUGUCAAACCACAUUUUCUAAAGAACAACACUGAAACGUUCCACAUCAGACUGGUCCACACUGUAAAAAAAAAAAACUGCAGCAGAGGCAUUCGUUACCGCGGCCGUCAAACAACUCUACAAAGGCCUAUUUAACCGUUUUGUCUGAAAUUGUCACUCAAGCUUAGAAAGUUGAAUUAUACAGCAAUGCAAUUCAGAUGGAUUGCGUAUGUCACCUGUAGAAGAACAAUUUUUGGGACUUUUUUCUUAGGAUUCUCAUUUCUCAAACUGUCAACAAGAGGAUUAGCGAAUAAAAAGAAAAGAAAGAAAAAAUAAAUUGACAAUGACAGCAUCACGGUCACGGUGAAUGUUCAUGGGAGCAAUUGCAGACUUUCGUUCAGUAGACACAGCUGCUUGUCAGUAAAUCUAUGUACCAAGAGAAAAAAGGGGUUGGACUUUGGGAGCCGUGCCGUGAUACCCCCCCCCCCCACCCCCCGGUUCUAGUUUUCAAAAUAUUCGGAGGAGACUACUUUGGGACCUCAAGUGUGCACGUGUGGCGCGCUGGCAUAUCGGUCAAAUUGUUUCGUCAGAUUUCUCCUUUAUUCAUUAUUUAUAUAUUUCUUUAUUAAGUUAAUGACUCACAUAUAUAUUUCUUUUCGCAAAAAAGGUUUUCAUGGUCCCGUACUUACUCUCAUUUACUUCAAAGAAGAGUGUAGUGUUUAGCGUUCAUUGUUGCUGAUCCAUUUUCUAUUUAUUAUACUUGAUUUUAAAAGCCCAAGUUGUUCAAUUUUUAUUGUAGGAUGAGAGGUUUGCAUUCAGUAAAGAUAUCCAACUGGACUCUGUCUUUGCUGCCGUAAAGGCUAAAGUUCCUCAG